AUGAAUGCAGAGGGAGUUGGUGAACCAGCUCAAACUGAAGAACUGGUUGAAAUUAUUGAACGUGAAGAAGAGCCAGACCUUGAAUUGGAUGUUGAGCUGAGAAGAACCCUUGUUGUCAGGGCAGGAUGUUCCAUCCGCAUAUUUGUGCCCAUUAAAGGACGCCCAGCUCCUGAAGUAGCCUGGACGAAGGGCGAAGACGCACCACUCAAAGGACGUGCUAACAUUGACAGCACAGAGUCAUACACUAUGCUUGUCAUCCCUGACUGCACAAGAAACGAUGCAGGAAGAUACAACUUGAUCCUUACAAAUGCUGCAGGAGAGAAGACUGCUCAUGUCAAUGUGAGAGUUCUGGAUUCACCUGGACCACCAAUUAAUCUGAAGUCAAAGCACAUCGACAAAGAGAGCAUCACUCUUCAAUGGGAACUGCCGCUUAUCGAUGGUGGUUCAAAGAUAACAAACUAUAUCAUUGAAAAGAGAGAGUCAACACGCAAAGCAUAUUCCACCAUAAUAUCAGUUUGUCCAAAUAGCACAGUUAGAAUUCCUGAUCUAGCAGAAGGGUCAGAAUAUUACUUCAGAGUAUCGGCUGAAAAUGAGUAUGGAAUUGGCGAGUCGGUUGAGACUGCAGAUCCAAUUCGAGCAUCUCAAGCACCAACACCCCCUGAGAGUGUUUAUGCUACAGAUGUCACCAAGACCUCUGUCAGUCUUGCAUGGACAAAGCCAAAACAUGAUGGUGGUAGUAGAGUUACUGGAUAUGUCCUUGAAGCUCAAAAGAAGGGAGGAGACCAGUGGUCCCAUGUGACAACUGUCAAGACUAUGGACUUCAUAGUGAAGAACCUGAAUGAAAAUGAACAGUAUAUAUUCCGUGUCAUGGCUGUAAACCACUCCGGAAGAAGUGGUCCUUGUGAAAGCAAGCCUGUUAUUAUCAAGGAAACAAUAACAAUGCCAGAAUUUGACCUGCGUGGAAUAUGCCAGAAAAUUGUCAUUGCCAGGGCAGGAGAUGAGAUUAAAGUUGAGAUACCGGUUAUGGGACGUCCAAAACCAACUGUUUCAUGGACGAAAGAUAAUCAGCACCUCAAGAUAACCCCAAGAAUAAUCACUGAAAGAACUGCAACCACAAGUAUCCUGAAUAUAACAGAAUGCAUAAGGAGUGACACAGGACAUUAUGCCAUGACAGGGAAGAACAUAGUUGGCUCAGUGACAGAUACCAUCAUAGUAAAAGUGCACGAUGUCCCUGGACCUCCAAAGGGACCAAUAAAAAUAGAUGAAAUCUCCCGUACCUAUGCUGUCAUCUCUUGGGGAACACCUGAGAAUGAUGGAGGUGUACCAAUCAACAAUUACAUUGUUGAAUUAAGGGAAACCACAGGAACCUCAUGGGUAGAAUUGACAUCAUCUGUAAUCCGUACAAUAUUUAAAGCUACUCGUCUGAAGACUGGUGCGGAAUACCAGUUCCGAGUCAAAGCUAAAAACAGAUACGGUGCUGGCCAACCAAUCAUCUCAGAGUCAGUGGUUGCUGCAUAUCCAUUCAAACCCCCUGGGCCACCUAGUACUCCAAAGGUUGUGGCCUUUACCAAAGACACAAUGACAAUCGGCUGGAAUGAACCUGUUUCUGAUGGUGGAAGUGAAGUCAUUGGAUAUCACAUUGAGAGGAAAGAGAGAAGCAGCAUCCUCUGGCAAAAGAUCAGCAAAUCCAUGGUGAAAGAUAAUCAAUUCAAAUCAAGUGGACUGGAAGAUGGAGUUGCAUAUGAAUUCCGUGUCACUGCUGAAAACAUGGCUGGAAUUGGUAAACCAAGCAAAGCUUCAGAGGCAAUGCUAGCCCUUGAUCCAGUGGAUCCACCAGGUCAACCAGAGCCAAUCUUUGUUUCCAAGAAUAUAGUAACAAUUCAAUGGACAAAGCCUGAAUAUGAUGGUGGGUUCAAGAUUACUGGCUACGUAGUGGAGAAGAGAGACUUGCCAGCUGGUCGUUGGAUGAGGGCCAACUUCACAAACAUCAUUGAGACCACUUUCACUGUAAGUGGAUUAACUCAGAAUGAGGCCUAUGAAUUCCGUGUACUUGCCAGAAAUGCAGCUGGUUCAGUAAGUGAACCAUCUGAGCCAUCGGAUCCCAUCACCUGCACAGAUGACAUUGUGGAACCACGAAUCAUGGUUGAUGCCAAAUUCAAGGAUGUGAUCCUACUGAAAGCAGGGGAAAACUUCAAACUUGAUGCAGAUGUUGCAGGCCAACCACUACCAUCCAUGGUGUGGACUAAGGGUGGAAUGGACAUUGAAAAUACGAUGAAAUUGACAAUUAAAAUGACUGACUUAACAACAACUCUGAUUAACAAAGACUCGUUAAGAAGAGAUGGAGGUGAAUUUGUUCUGACUGCCACAAAUGUUGGCGGGUUUGCCAAGCAUAUCUUUAAUGUCAAAGUUCUUGACAGGCCGGGUCCACCUGGAGGACCCCUGGUGGUGUCAGAUAUCACAUCUGACAACUGUAUUUUGGAAUGGGCUCCACCCGCAGAUGAUGGUGGUGCAGAGAUUGACCAUUACGUGAUUGAAAAGCGUGAAUCAAGCAGACUUGCAUGGACAAAUUCGGCCUCAGGCUUAACUGCCACCCAAUUCAAGGUGAACAAGUUACUCAAAGGAAAUGAGUACAUAUUCAGAGUAAUGGCAGUCAACAAAUAUGGAGUCGGAGAGCCUCUAGAAUCUGCGCCAACUAUUGCAAACAAUCCAUGGGUGCCAUCAGAUCCUCCAAAGGAUCCUGAAGUAACAAUAAUCACUAAGGAUUCAAUGAUUCUUAUGUGGAAGGCUCCUGAGUACGAUGGUGGAACUCCAAUCACAAACUAUAACAUUGAAAGGAAAGACAAGAUUGGUCUUCGCUGGGUAAAAUGCAACAAGAAGAAAGUAAAAGACUUACAGUUCAAGGUAACAGGGCUUCUAGUAACACAUGAAUAUGAAUUCAGAAUUCUUGCAGAGAAUGCAGCUGGAUUAAGCGUACCAAGCAAUUCAAGUCCUUUCUACAAGGCUACUGACACCCUCUACGAACCAGGCCCUCCAGGCAACCCAAGAGUUGUGGACACAACCAAGUCAUCCAUUACGAUUGCAUGGAACAAGCCAAACUAUGAUGGUGGUUCUGAAAUCACAGGAUACAUUGUGGAGACCUGCGUUCCUGGGGAGGAGGAAUGGACAAUUGUUACUCCGCCAGGAGGACUAAUGGGUACAUCGUUUACCCUUAUGAACUUAGAGGAGGACAAAGAGUGCAUGAUUCAAGUUUCUGCCGUAAACAGUGAGGGUAUUGGAGAGGAAGCAACUAUUCCUGGCACACCGAGAGCCCAAGACAGGCUGCUUCCACCGGAAAUUGACCUGGAUGCAGAGCUAAAGAAGGUUGUGAAUAUCAGAGCCUGUAACACAUUGAGACUCUUUGUACCUAUCAGAGGAAGACCAUCACCCGAGGCAAAAUGGACCAAAGAAGAUGGUGAACCUAUUACGAGAGCAACCAUUGAAAGCACAACUUCUUACACAUCACUGGUGGUGGAAAAUGUCAACCGAUUUGACAGUGGCAAGUACGUGCUCACAAUAGAAAACAGUUAUGGAUCCAAUACAGCUACUGUGAAUGUCAGAGUGCUAGAUACCCCAGCUGCCCCGCAAAAUCUCAAGAUCAACAGCGUCACUAAAGAAUCUGUCACUCUUAUCUGGGAUGAUCCAGUAAAUGACGGUGGAGCAAAGAUUAAGAACUACAUUGUUGAAAAACGUGAAUCAACAAGGAAAGCAUAUGCCACUGUAAAGUCUAACUGUCAUCAGAACACCUGGAAAGUUGACCAGCUGCAGGAGGGAUGUAACUACUACUUCAGAGUUUUAGCCGAAAAUGAAUAUGGAAUUGGCCUACCAAUUGAAACCCGUGAAUCAGUUAAAGUUUCUGAAAAACCACAGCCUCCUGCCAAAAUCACCCUUGUGGAUGUUACCAAGACUAGUGCAACCCUGUCUUGGGAGAAACCAGAGCAUGACGGAGGAAGUAGAGUGGUAUGCUAUGUUGUUGAGAUGCUGAGCAAAGGUGCCGUGAAAUGGGUCCAGUCUUCUAUUGUCAAAACAUUAGAAGCAGUUGUCCCUGGACUGACACCAGGUGAAGAGUACAUGUUCCGUGUAGCAGCAAGAAAUGAAAAAGGAACAAGUGAUCCACGUCAAAUUGGUGUGCCAGUGAUUGCUAAAGAUCUUGUGAUUGUCCCAUCAGCUAAAAUGUUGUUCAACACAUUCAGUGUACUAGCAGGAGAGGAUUUGACAGUACAGAUUCCAUUUAUUGCUCGUCCCCGAGCAACUAUUUCAUUCAUAAAGGAAAAUGUACCUAUGAAGCGUACCACCAGAGUUAACUUUGGAGGAUCAGAUAAAGUGAUCAAUCUUCAGAUCAAAGAGGCAUGCAGGGAAGAUGUUGGUCAGUACCGGAUCAUACUCGCAAACACUGCUGGGGAUACAUCUUUAUACAUCUCAGUAGUUGUUCUUGACAAACCUGGACCACCAAAGGGCCCAAUUAAAGUUGAGGCUGUUACUACUGACAGCGUGCUUUUCUCCUGGGCUCCACCAGAGUAUGAUGGUGGUGCAACAAUCAACAGCUACAUUGUAGAAAAGAGAGACACAUCCACACAAACUUGGUUGGUCGUGUCUCCAAAUCAUGCAAGAACAACGAUUAAAGCUUCGAGGCUGAAAAACGGUUCAGAGCAUCAGUUCAGGGUGACAGCUCAGAACAGGUAUGGAAAGGGCCCAUCUCUGACCUCAGGGUCUGUUGUUGCUCAGUAUCCAUUCAAAUUACCAGGCCCUCCAGGAACACCAUCUGUACAAUCUUCCACAAAGGAUAGCAUGGUAGUUGUGUGGAAUGAGCCUGUUAAUGAUGGUGGAAGUACUGUGCUGGGGUAUCAUCUUGAGCGCAAAGAGAGAAACAGUAUUCUCUGGGUAAAGCUCAAUAAGUCUCUUCUCCAGGAUACAUCUUACAAGACCACUGGCCUGGAACCAGGACAGGAAUAUGAAUUCAGAGUUUACGCUGAAAACAUUGUGGGAAUAGGAAAAGUUAGCAAACUUUCCGAAGGUCACAUUUCUAGAGAUCCUUGCGAUCCCCCCGGAGAUCCUGAGGCUACUAAGAUAACAAAGGAUUCUGUAACAAUUGCAUGGACAAAGCCAGAGUAUGAUGGUGGUGCCAAAGUCACCGGCUACAUUGUAGAGAAGAAAGAGUUGCCAGAGGGCCGCUGGAUCAAAACCAACUUCACAAAUAUCAUUGAAACUGAGUAUGUGGCGACCAGCCUUGUGGAGAACCAGAAAUAUGAGUUCCGUGUUAUUGCAAGAAACGCAGCAGGUGUAUUCAGCCUUCCCUCAUACAGCACUGGACCAAUUACUGCUAAAGAUGAAAUUGACCCUCCUCGUAUUAGCAUUGACCCACAGUUCACACAAACUGUUUAUGUUAAUGCUGGAGAUGGCUUCAAAAUCGAUGCCGAUGUUCAUGGUAGUCCAAUACCUGAAAUCCUCUGGAUGAAGAGUGGCCAUGAGGCACCCCUUGCAAACACCAUCACCAGAGACAUAAAAAAUACAGACAGCACCACUUUGUUGACUGUCAAAGAGGCUAAACUUGAAGAUGGAGGCAAGUACACUUUACUUCUAAAGAAUCCAGGAGGCGAGAAGUCAGUGAAAAUCAAUGUGGUUGUUCUGGAUAAACCUGGGGCACCACAAGGUCCUAUCUCUGUCACUGGCAUCACAAAUGAUCAAUGUUGCCUUGCUUGGAAAUCACCACUAUAUGAUGGCGGCAGUGAAAUCACUCAUUACAUCGUAGAGAGAAGGGAGACAAGCAGAUUAGUUUGGACUGUUGUUGAUAAUAAGUGUGAGUCAAAUUAUCUCAAGGUUACAAAACUCUUGGAGGGAAAUGAGUACAUUUUCAAAGUCCAGGCAGUAAACAAAUUUGGACUUAGUGUGGGUCUGGAAUCAAACGCUGUGACUGUCAAAGACCCAUUCAUUCCCCCAGAUGCACCAAGUAGGUUGGAGGUUUCCGAUGUCAAAAAGGAUUCAGUGGUGAUUACCUGGGAGCCUCCUGGAUAUGAUGGUGGCAGUGAUAUUAUUGGAUACAUUAUUGAGAAGCACGAUAAGGAGGGUGUGAGAUGGACCAGAUGUAAUAGGAAGACAGUUACCGACUUAACCUACAAAGUCACCGGACUUAUGGAAAGUCACAGUUAUGAAUUUAGAGUUCUGGCUGAGAAUGUCUCUGGAGUUGGAGAGCCAAGCUCCCCAACAGUUUUCUACAAGGCUUUGGAUCCGAUCUUCAGACCAGGUGCACCAGUUAAUCCUAAAGUAACUGACAUAAGCAAAACUUCAGUUUUCCUGUCAUGGGGCAAACCUAUAUAUGACGGAGGAUGUGAGAUUCAAGGAUACAUUGUGGAGAAAUGCGAAGUGCCAUCUCCUGCAUCACUCACUAAGCAAUCCAUCGUUGUGGAACCGGCCGCUAAGGCACCAGCUGCUGAGGGAGAGGAAGCACCCGCUGUGGAAGGAGCAGCUGAGGCAGCACCCGCCGAAGCAGCACCCGCAGAAGCAGCACCCGCCGAAGCAGCACCCGCCGAAGCAGCACCCGCACCUGCAGAAGCAGCACCUGCCAAGGCAGAACCCGCAGAAGAAGGAAGUGCAGAAGGAGCUGCAGAGGAAGAACCUGCUGAGGUGUGGACAAUCUGUACUCCACCAAGUGGCAUCAAACAAACAAGAUUUGAAGUUGGAAAAUUGGAGGAAAUGCAUUUGUACAAGUUCAGAGUUUGUGCUAUCAACAAGCUUGGAGUUGGAGAACAUGCAGAUGUCUCUGGAAUCAUUCUUGUCGAGGAGAGGAUUGAGGAACCAGAUCUGGACAUUGACCCAGACCUGAGAAAGGUUGUGAACAUUAAGGCUGGAUGUUCCCUCAGAUUGUUCAUUCCUAUCAGAGGGCGACCUCAACCUGAAGUCAAAUGGGGAAAGGAUGAAGGUCCAAUUAAGGAGAAUGCACAAGUUGAAGUGACAAGUAGUUAUACAUCCCUUGUGAUUGACAAUGUCAACAGAUUUGACAGUGGAAAAUACACUGUUUCUGCAGAAAAUGCCAGUGGUGAAAAAUCUGCUUUAAUCAGCGUUAGAGUUCUUGACACACCUAGUGCCCCAGGCAACCUCAAAGUGAUAGAUAUCACUGGUGAAUCAGUGACACUUACAUGGGAUGCCCCUGUGUUGGAUGGAGGAGCUAAAAUCAGAAACUAUAUUGUUGAGAAGCGGGAAAGCACCAGGAAAGCCUAUGCAGCUGUGGUGACAAACUGCCACAAAUUAACAUACAAGGUUGAACACCUUCAAGAGGGUUGCAAUUACUAUUUCAGAGUCCUUGCUGAAAACGAACAUGGUGUUGGCUUGCCUACAGCAACCGUUGAUCCCAUCAAAGCCUCAGAGGUACCCCAAAUCCCACGAAAACUGAGUGUUGUUGACCAAACCAAGACAAGCAUCUCUCUUGCCUGGGAGAAGCCUGAGCAUGAUGGUGGAAGUAGAAUAAUUCAUUACCUGCUAGAGAUACAACCUAAAGGCACUGAGAAAUGGUCAGGCAUUGCAACUGUCAGAGCAAUGGAGUCUGUUGUUAACAAUCUAAAUCCGGGUGAAGAAUAUCUGUUCAGAGUGUUUGCCAUCAAUGACAAAGGAAAGAGUGACCCAAGGGAACUUGCACUUCCAGUGACAGCAAAGGACCUUGUUAUUGAGCCUGAUGUUAGACCUACAUUUAGCAAUUACAGUGUUCGGGUUGGUAAAGACUUCAAGGUUGAAAUCCCGAUCGCAGGACGUCCUAAACCAGUAGUUAAAUGGACAAAGGAUGGAUCAAUCCUACUCCACACCUCAAGGGUUAAAAUCACUAACACACCAGAUAGCACAACUCUAAGUAUCACAGAGGCUACAGGAGAAGAUGGCGGAAUGUAUGGCAUUAAUGUUACUAAUGUAGUUGGGGAAAAGAAUGCAACCAUUGAAAUCAUUGCGCUUGAUAAACCUGGCCCACCAAGUGGACCUGUAAAGUUUGAUGAAGUUACUAUUAACACUGCAACUAUUUCUUGGAGUCCACCAAAACAUUCUGGUGGCUGCCAGAUUUCAAAUUACAUUGUUCAGAAGAGAGACACAACCACCACAACUUGGGAGAAUGUUGCUGCCUCUGUGGCAAGAACUACGCUCAAGGUGCAAAGGCUGAAAACUGGGGCAGAAUAUCAAUUCAGAAUCAUUGCUCAAAAUCGAUAUGGCAAGAGUUACGGUUUGGACUCACAUCCUGUGACUAUAAAGUACCCUUACAAAGAGCCUGGCCCACCCGGCACUCCAUUCAUUGCAUCUCUCUCCAAGGAAUAUAUGGUUGUGGAGUGGCAUGAACCAGUCGCAGAUGGAGGCAGUUCUGUUCUUGGCUAUCACCUUGAACGGAAAGAGAGAAACAGCAUCCUCUGGACUAAGCUUAACAAGUCACUCGUUAAAGACACCACCUACAAAACCGGUCCCUUAGAGGAGGCUGUUGAAUAUGAAUUCAGAGUUUAUGCUGAAAAUAUCGUUGGCAUUGGCAGAUGCAGCAAAAUCUCAGAGGGUUGCGUUGCACGUGAUCCAUGUGAUCCUCCUGGCACACCAGAGGCUAUCAUUGUAAACAAAGAGUCCAUCACCAUUGAAUGGACAAAGCCAGAAUAUGAUGGAGGCAGUGUGAUUACUGGUUAUGUUGUUGAGAAACGUGACCUUCCAGAGGGACGCUGGAUGAAGGCAAACUUUACCAACGUUAUUGAGACCAGAUUUACUGCCACUGGACUAACUGCUGAUGCACAAUAUGACUUCAGAGUCAUUGCUAAGAAUGCAGUUGGAACAUUCAGCAAGCCAUCUUAUAACAGUGGACCUAUAACAGCAAACGAUGAGGUGGAAGCGCCAAGAUAUUCUAUUGAUCCUGCGUUCACCAAAACGAUCAUCAUCAAUGCGGGAGACACAUUCAAACUUGAUGCUGAUGUACAUGGAAAGCCAGUACCCACAAUCCAGUGGUUCAAGGAUGACGUGGAAAUUGAAAAGAAUACAAUGAGAUUGGAGAUCAAAAAUACAGAAAGCGUCGCAAUGAUAGUUGUGAAGGAUUCUGUCAGAGUUGACGGUGGAAAUUACAAACUUGUACUGACAAAUGUUGCUGGCUCAGAGACAGUUCCAUUCAAGGUGAAUGUACUAGACAGACCAGGACCACCUGUUGGUUCUCUCCAUGUCACUGGAGUCGCUUGUGACAAAUGUACUCUGUCAUGGCGUGCCCCACUACAUGAUGGAGGCAGCAACAUCACACACUACCUCAUUGAGAGGCGUGAAACCAGUCGUCUUGCUUGGACUAUGAUUUCUAACAGCUGUGAGACCACAGUGUACAAAGUAACUAGUCUGCUGGAGGGCAAUGAGUAUAUUUUCCGUGUCAUGGCUAUCAACAGUUAUGGCGUUGGUGAACCUGUGGAGUCUUCAGCAGUAAUAAUGAAAAAUCCAUUUGUUGUCCCUGGAGCACCACAUGUUAAUGAUGUAACGAACAUUGCCCGGGAUUCAAUGACUGUCUGCUACUCUGCACCAGAGACCGAUGGUGGAAGUGACAUUACUACUUACAUCAUUGAGAAGAAAGACAGAGCUGGAGUUAAAUGGACCAAAUGCAACAGGCAAAAGGUCACAGACCUAUCUUUCAGAGUAAUAGGUCUGACAUCAGAUCAUGAAUAUGAGUUUAGAGUAUCUGCUGAAAAUGCAGCUGGUGUUGGUGUGCCAAGUCUACCAACGUCAUACUUUAAGGCCUGUGAUCCCAAGUACAAACCUGGGGCACCCACACAUGCACAUGUGAUUGAUACCACAAAGAGCUCAAUCACAGUCACAUGGGGAAAGCCUCUCAACGAUGGCGGCUGUCCUAUCCAGGGAUACAUUGUAGAGAUUUGCAAAGCUGAGGAGGAGGAAUGGACAAUGUGCACUCCACCAACAGGCCUGCGGGUCAACAAAUUCGAAAUCACAAAACUUACAGAAGGUCAAGAAUAUCAGAUCCAGGUCUGUGCUAUCAACAAACUGGGUGUUGGUGAACCAGCAGCUGUAUCUGGAACAUCUAAACCAGAGGAGAAGGUAGAGGAUCCAGAAAUUCAACUGGACUCGGAAUUGAGGAAAGGAAUUGUGGUGCGUGCUGGAGGAUCUGUGAGAAUCAAUGUACCAUUCAAAGGCAGACCAACGCCAGAGAUUAAGUGGUGUAAACUGAAAAAGGUUGAAGAAGUGGAGGAAGAACAAGAAUUGCAAGAGAAAGCAGUGGUUGAGAAAGGUCUCAACUAUACUCAGCUUUCCAUUGACUCUUGUGACAGAAGUGAUUCUGGAAAGUACAAUGUGACUGUGGAGAACAGCAGUGGUACCGUUUCUGAAUUUGUAACUGUGAAAGUGCUAGAUACACCAGGUGCCCCUCUGAAUCUCAAACUGACAGAGAUCAAGAAAGACUCCAUAACUCUUGUUUGGGAUGCCCCUCUUACUGAUGGCGGUGCGAAAAUCAAGAAUUAUGUUGUUGACAAACGUGAAUCAACCAGGAAAGCAUUCGCAAAUGUAACAACUAAGGUUAACAAAACAACCUACAAGGUUGAAAACCUUGUUGAGGGGGCUAUGUAUUACUUCAGAGUUAUGGCUGAGAACGAAUAUGGAAUUGGAUCGUCUACUGAAACAAAGCUUGCAUCAAAGGCCUCUGAGGUGCCUCUUCCAGUCGGAAAGAUCUUCUUGACUGAUGUUACUAAAGUCAGCGCAUCUUUCAGAUGGGAAAAACCAGAGCAUGAUGGUGGAAGCAGAAUUACUGGUUACCUAGUUGAGAUGCAGCAAAAGGGAGGGGACAAAUGGGGUGUUGCGACAUCCACAAAGGGCGAUUGUCAUGGCACAGUCACCGGACUUACUGCUGGACAGGAGUAUCUGAUCCGUAUCAUAGCUUACAAUGAGAAGGGAAAGAGUGAGCCUAAAGCACUGGCUAUGCCAGUUGUUGCUAAUGACAUGACUAUUGAACCAAGCUUAAAACUCAUGUUCAACACCUACACCGUCAAAGCUGGUGACGAUCUGAUAGUAGAAAUCCCAGUGUUUGGUAGGCCGAAACCCCAUAUUGUUUGGAAGAAAGAGGGUCUGCCAUUGAAAAUAACAACAAGAGUGAAUUUGAUAAACACAGCAACAACUGCUGCCAUUAAAAUUACUGAGGCAUGUAAGGACGACUUUGGAAAGUAUACCAUUACGGCAGCUAACACAGCUGGCUUAUUCUCUGAAGACAUAGGAAUCACAAUCCUUGACAAACCUGGUCCACCAACCGGACCCAUUAAAGUCCUUGAAGUGAGCAACAACUCUGUCAGUCUUUCAUGGGGAGCCCCAGAGUACACAGGCGGAUGUCAAAUAAAGCAUUACACUGUGGAAAGACGAGAUACAACACAAACAACAUGGCAAAGUGUGAAUGCACAGCUUGCUAGAACAGCUAUCAAAGUAACCAAGCUGAAAACUGGCGCAGAGUACUGUUUCAGAAUCUGUGCUGAGAAUAGAUAUGGAAAGGGCACUCCUUUGGACACAAAACCAAUUGUGGUGCAAUAUCCAUACAAAUCCCCAGGACCACCCGGAACUCCAUACAUCAAAUCUGCAACAAAGGAUCAAAUGAUUAUUGAAUGGAAUGAGCCAGUCAAUGAUGGUGGCAGCACGGUUAUUGGAUACCAUCUUGAAUCUAAAGAAAGAACCAGCAUUAUGUGGACGAAACUCAACAAAGCCCUCAUCGCUGAUACCUCUUUCAAGAUAUGUAAUCUUGAGGAGGACAUUGGAUAUGAAUACAGGGUCUAUGCUGAAAACAUUGUUGGCAUUGGCAGAGCAUCCAAAAUAUCAGAAUCGUUCAUUGCUCGAGAUCCAGUUGAUCUACCAGGUACCCCUGAGGCUACUGUUAUCUCCAAGAACCACAUUGUGAUUCAAUGGACUAAGCCACUGUAUGAUGGAGGCAGUAAGAUCACUGGAUAUAUUGUGGAGCGAAGAGAUCUAGCCAACAUUGAGGGUCGCUGGAUGAGAGCCAACUUUACCAAUGUCAUUGAGACAGAAUUUACCAUCUCUGGCUUGACAGAAAAUGAACAAUAUGAGUUCAGAGUGAUUGCAAGAAAUGCAGCUGGUAUUUUCAGUGAGCCUUCUGACAGCACUGGACCCAUUACUGCCACAGAUGAGAUUGAAGCACCAAGAGCCUCAAUGGAUCCUAAAUACAAGGAUGUCAUUGUUGUUAAUGCUGGGGAUAACUUAGUUUUGGAUGCUGACAUCUAUGGCAAACCCGCUCCUGAGGUCUUAUGGUUGAAAGAAGGAAAGCAAAUGGACAAAGCUCUUCGAAUUGAAGUGAAAACUACACAGAAACGUGCAGCUAUAACAAUCAAGGACUGCACAAGGUUAGAUAGUGGAAACUAUGACCUCAGUCUCACCAAUAUCGGUGGGGUAAAGACAAUCCCAAUCACUGUGAAGGUCCUUGAUAAACCAAGUGCACCCACUGGACCACUGAGAGUCACUGGAUUGACCGCCGACAGAUGCUUCCUAUCCUGGACUGAUCCCUCUCUGGAUGGUGGUGCAGCUAUAACUCACUAUAUUCUGGAAAAGAGAGAGACCAGUCGGUUAUCCUGGACUGUGAUUAACGCAAAUAUUCAAGCAACAAAUUUCAAAGUGAUCAACCUACUGGAAUUGAACGAAUAUAUCUUCAGGGUUAGGGCUGUGAACAAAUAUGGCGUUGGUGAUCCUUUGGAGUGUGAGGCAGUAACUGCACGCAAUCCAUACAAGCCUCCAAGUGGACCAGGAACACCUGAAGCAAGCCAAAUAACAAAGGAUUCUAUGGUCCUAUCAUGGUCAAAGCCAGAUAACAACGGUGGAGCAGAAAUUGACUGCUACCAUCUUGAGAAACGUGACAAAGAUGGUGUAAGGUGGACCAAAUGCAACCGGCAGCCAUUGACUGAUCUACACUUCAAAGUCACUGGACUUUUGGAUGGUCAUUUCUAUGAAUAUCGUGUUUCUGCAGAGAACGAAGCUGGAGUGGGAGAUCUGAGCGAACUCUCACUGUUCUACAGAGCAUGCAAUGCUACAACAGCACCUGGACCACCACACCAUCCUAAGGUGACAGAUCACACCAGCUCAACUGUGUCCUUGACUUGGGGCAAACCCGCUUCCGACGGUGGAGCAUACAUCAAAGGGUACAUUGUUGAAAUGAGAAAGGUGACAGAAGAGGAGAGGAAAGCAAUGGAAGAGGAAAAGAAGAGGAAAGAAGAAGCAGCAGCAGAAGAAGAGGAGUAUUCAGAAGAAGAGGAGGAAGAACCUCCUAAGGAGUAUGAAUGGACCAUAUGUACACCACCAACUGGCAUCCAGGCGACACACCUCACUAUUAAGGACUUGAAGGCAGGACUAGAAUACAAAUUCCGUGUCUGUGCUAUCAAUUCAGAGGGAGUUGGUGAGCCUGCAGAUAUCCAUGGCACUGUGAUUGCUGCAGAAAGAGUUGAGGCACCAGAGAUUGAACUGGAUGCCAACCUCAGGAAGGUUGUCUCUGUUCGUGCAGGUGGAUCUCUGCGUCUGUUUGUCACAAUCAGAGGAAGACCUGAACCUGAAGUUAAAUGGGCAAAGCUGGACGGCGAGCUGACAGAACGUGUCAUGAUAGAAUCCACAAGCUCAUACACUAUGCUUGUAAUUGACAAUGUGAACCGAUUCGACAGUGGAAAAUACACAUUGAACCUUGAGAAUAACACUGGUGAAAAAUCAGCACUUAUCAAUGUCAGAGUGUUGGACACACCAAGUGCUCCACAGGCCUUUGCGGUCAAAGAUAUCAAAAAAGAUUCUGUGAAUCUUGUUUGGGAAACACCACUCACAGACGGUGGAUCAAAAAUAACUAAUUACAUUGUGGAGAAGCGAGAAUCCACCAGAAAGGCUUACACUGCAGUGACAACUAACUGCUUAUCUAAUUCCUUCAAGAUUGAUGAGUUGCCAGAGGGAUGCAUUUUCUACUUCCGUGUCUGUGCUGUGAAUGAGUAUGGCAUUGGGUUGAUGGCUGAAACCAAAAACCCAAUUAAAGUUUCUGAAGUGCCUAUGCCACCACAAAAUGUCAGAGUUACGGAUCUCACGAAAAACAGUGUAACACUUGCCUGGGAAAAGCCAGCUCAUGAUGGUGGAAGCAAAGUAAUGUGCUACAACGUUGAGGUGCAAGGUAAGGAUGACAAGGGUGCCCAGAAGUGGAAUGCUUCAUGCACAGUCAAAAUCCUGGAAGCAACUAUUGCAAACCUAGUAGCAGGUGACGCAUAUUCAUUCAGAGUCAUUGCAAUCAACGAGAAGGGAAAGAGUGUACCAAAGGAACUUGGUCUACCUGUGACAACAAAAGACAUUGCUAUUGAACCCUCAAUUGAGGUGUUAUUCAACACUUACAGUGUGAAGGCUGGAGGUGAUCUUACAGUUGAAAUCCCAGUUAGGGGCCGACCUAAACCUGUUAUUGCAUGGAAACAUCAUGGCCUUCCUUUGAAGCAAACAAGCUCAUUGACAAUUCUGAAUACCAAGACCUCAUCCAAAAUUAUUAUAAAGGAGGCAGGCAGAGAACAUGUCGGAAAAUAUGAAAUCACUGCCGCAAACCCAGGUGGAAUAAAAAUAGCAGAGAUUGGAAUUAUUGUCCUUGACAAACCUGGUCCACCAACUGCUAUCAAACCAACUGCUGUAACUUCAGACAGUAUUUCAUUGUCAUGGGUUCCACCAGAGUAUGAUGGUGGCUGCUGCAUCAACAACUACAUUGUAGAGAAGAGAGAUACAAAUGCAACAGAUUGGCAAAUGGUCUCAGCCAAUGUUGCAACAACAGCAAUUAAAGCCUCCCGAUUGACAAAGGGUGCUGAAUACCAGUUCCGUAUCUAUGCUGUAAAUCGUUAUGGAAAGAGUCAACAUGCAGAUUCCCGUGGAAUUACAGCCCAGUAUAACUUCAAGCUACCUGGCCCACCAUCUACUCCUAAAGUGGCACAUGCAACCAAGAUUUACAUGCUUGUCACAUGGAAUGAGCCAGUCAAUGACGGAGGAAGCACAGUUCUUGGAUAUCAUUUGGAGCGAAAGGAGAGAACCAGCAUCAUCUGGAACAAGAUGAACAGAGGUCUCAUCAAAGAUACAGAAUACAAAGUGACUGGCAUUGAAGAGGGCAUCGGGUACGAAUACCGCGUUUACGCUGAAAACAUUGCUGGAAUUGGAAAAUGCAGCAAAGCAUGUGAGGCUGUUUCUGCAAGAGAUCCAUGCGAUCCCCCUGGCGAGCCAACAGUGACAGGUAUCACAAGAACAUCGGUAUCCCUCGCUUGGACGAAGCCAGAGUACGAUGGUGGAUCCAAGGUUACUGGUUACAUUAUUGAACGCAAAGAUCUCCCAGAAGGCCGCUGGAUGAGGUGUAACUUCACCAACGUGGUGGAAACCUACUAUGACGUCACAGGCCUGAUCAAGGACCAGCAGUAUGACUUCCGUGUCAUUGCAAAGAAUGCUGCUGGAUGCUUCAGUGACCCAUCUUAUUCCACUGGUUCAAUCACAGUCAAGGAUGAUGUGGAUCCACCACGUAUCAUGAUGGAUGUGAAGUACAGAGCUGUUGUAGUUGUGAAAGCAGGAGAUGUUCUUAAAAUCAAUGCAGAUAUCGCUGGGCGUCCACUGCCAGUUGCAUCAUGGAAAAAGGACGACAAGGAGAUCGAGCUCAGGGCCAGAAUUCAGAUUCUUGCAACAGAUACCAGCACCUCAGUAAUUGUGAAGGACUGCAUAAGGCGUGAUUCUGGACAAUAUACUUUGACUCUGCAAAACAUUGCAGGAACAGUAUCUACACCAGUGGACGUUGUGAUCCUGGAUAAGCCAGGACCUCCCGCUGGCCCCCUGGCAACUACAGGCAUUACAGCAGAAGACGUCACCUUAGCAUGGGGUCCUCCUCAAGAAGCAGGCGGCGCUGAUAUCACACACUACGUUGUUGAGAAACGUGAAACAAGCCGUCUUGCUUGGACAGUGGUGAACGGAGAUCUGAACAGGACAAAUUUCAAGGUCACAAAUCUCCUCAAGGGUAAUGAAUACAUCUUCAGGGUCACGGCCGUCAAUAAGUAUGGACUUGGUGAGGCCAUUGAGAGUGAGGUUGUCAAAGUGGCUGAUCCAUUCACAAAACCAUCUGCUCCCACAAAUUGUGAGAUCACGGAGGUAUCCAGUGAGGAGAUGACACUUGUCUGGCAGAAACCUGUUUCAGAUGGAGGCAGUGAAAUUACAGGAUAUGUGAUUGAAAGGCGCGACACGGCAGGUCUACUCUGGGUCCGUGUGAACAGAGAGCCUGUGACUGAAUUGACAACCAUAGCAACUAAACUACGAAAAGGAUAUGAAUACGUGUUCCGCGUGUUUGCUGAAAACGCUGCUGGUUUGAGUCCUCCAAGUGAAGCAUGCCCAUCGUUUAGGGCUGAAGAUGAACAGGUCGAACCAGACCCACCAAGUAAACCAAAAGUUGUUGAUUCAACCAAGAGUUCUAUCUCCAUCAUUUGGAACAAGCCACUAGAAGAUGGUGGAGCUCCAAUCCUUGGAUACAGUGUGGAGUAUAAGAAACUGAAGGACGAGGAAUGGACAGUGGCCAUUCAGAACAUAAAGAGCACAGAGUUCACCGUCUCUGGACUUACAGCAGAUGAAGAAUAUGAAUUUGCUGUUAAGGCAAUAAACAAGAUUGGUGAAAGCGAGCAAAGCCCAAUUUCUGAGCCUAUUGCAGCAAUGGAUAGAACCGUGGAGCCUAUGUUUGAUGUAGACAUAGAAAUGCGCAAGACAUUGAUUGUCAAGCAUGGCAACUCAUUCACUCUGACUGUACCAUAUAAGGGAAAACCUGCACCUUCAGUAGAAUGGAGCAAGGAGGAAGUAGAUCUCAAGGCAAGAGCAACCAUUGAAACUAAUCAAAGCUGCACUUCACUAACAAUUGAAACGGCAACAAGAAAUGACUCUGGACAGUACACUGUAACAUUAGAGAAUGGCAUUGGAGACCCAGUAACAUUACCAAUAGUUGUAAAGGUUCUUGACUCUCCUGGUCCACCACUUAAUGUAUUGGUUAAGGACGUCACCAAAGACACUGCUACCAUUACAUGGGAAGCUCCAGAAAAUGAUGGAGGUGAUGCUGUGAAGGCCUACCAUGUUGAGAAACGUGAAGCCAGCAAAAAGGCAUGGGUGUGUGUGACCAACAACUGCCACGCAUUGUCCUACAAAGUGAAAGAUUUACAAGAGGGAGCUUUCUACUACUUCAGAGUCAUGGGAGAAAACGAAUUCGGAGUGGGUGUAGCUGCUAUACCCAAGAAUGGAACAAAGAUUACAGGUUUGUCAUUUCUUUACUUUGUAUGUUAUUUUGUUAUCUGUAUGAUACUUGCAUAAAGAAAUUACCCCAUACAUUCUUAAUUGUUCAUAACUUUUGUUCUUAAUAUUUGCAGAAAAACCAAGUCCACCUCAAAAGCUUGGGGCUAUUGCGGUAACCAAGGACAGUGUUACAAUCGGAUGGACGAGACCAGAACACGAUGGUGGAAGCAGAGUAACUCAGUACUUCAUCGAAGCACUUGAGAAAGGACAACCCAAAUGGGCGAAGGUUACUCUUGUGAACACAACUUCCUUCCAAAUCAAAAACUUGAAGGAGAAUGGUGAAUACUUCUUCAGAGUUAGCGCUCAGAAUCAUGCUGGACUCGGCGAACCCAAAGAGAUGAUCAUUCCUGUUGUAGUGAAAGAUCAACUGGGUAGGUUUUCUACUCACCUCUUCUUAUUUUGACUUUUUCAUUAUAUAAAUAGUCAGUAUAUCUGUCAUGGCUAAUCGUGUAUGUUAAUUGAUCAUUAUCUAAUUGUAUAUGCUGUGACUAUUUGCUUUACAGAGGCCCCAGAUUUUGACAUGAAAAACUACCCCAGCAAUACUGUCUAUGUGAGAUCAGGAUCAAAUCUGACCUUCGAGCUUCCUAUGACCAGCAAACCUUUGGCAAAGGUUAUUCUAGCAAGAAACACCGUUAUUCUGAAACCAUCCAAGAGAUUGGUCACUCAAGUUACUGCUGAAAGCCUGAUCAUCAAACUGAACGAGAGCAUUGCAAGUGAUGCUGGCAGAUAUGACAUCAUCGCCUCCAAUACAAGUGGUAUCACCAAGAUGUUCAUCAACAUCGUUGUGUUGGAUAGACCUGGUCCUCCAACUGGCCCUAUUGAGGUUGGCGAAGUGACUGAAUCCACAGUGGCUCUCAAAUGGGCUCCUCCUGUGUAUGAUGGUGGCAGCCCAGUUACCAACUACGUUGUACUGAGACGUGAAACAAGCACACCUGCUUGGACUGAAGUGUCCUCUCAGGUUGCGAGAAGUGCCAUAAAGGCCAGCAAGCUUACCAAAGGAGAGGAAUAUCAGUUCAGAAUCAAGGCAGAGAAUCGCUUUGGUAUCAGUGACCACAUUGACACCCCACCAAUCACAGUGAAGCUUCCAUACAGUAAGUGUCUCUAUCAUUUAUUAGUAUACCAUCCAUUCCCACUAUCUUAAUCACUAUCUUAAUGUGUCUUUGAAUUAGACUGAAAUUUACUGGAUUACAUUUUUUAUUCUAGCAUUCCCUGGCCCUCCAUCAACACCAUGGGUAACCAUGGCUUCAAGAGAGAGCAUUACAGUCAACUGGAACGAGCCUGUCAUAGAUGGAGGAAACACUGUCACGGGCUACCACCUGCAAAUGAAAGAGAGAAGCAGUAUUCUGUGGCAAAAGGUCAACAAAGUAGCAAUCAUUGGAACACAGCUGAGAGUAACAAACAUCUGCCCUGGCCUCAUCUACGAAUUCAAGGUGACCGCAGAAAAUGCAGCUGGUAUCGGAAAAAUCAGCAAAACGUCAGAAGAAGUGCUCGCCAUUGAUAACUGCGGUAAAUGUCUUCUUGAUUAUUUUUGUUUUUUGGUCACUGAAUUUGUUGUGGAUGGUGUUUUAUUUUUCUCAUAAACUGUUCCUGAUCAAUUUGAUUUUGUAUUUCAGAGCCCCCGGCAGCUGUAAGAGUCUCAGAGAUCACAAAGAACUCCAUCAGUCUGGCCUGGGUUAGGCCGCCUUAUGAUGGUGGCAGCAAGAUCACUGGAUACAUGGUGGAGAGGAGGGACUGCCCUAAUGGCAGAUGGACAAGGGCCAACUUCACUAACGUGAUUGAGAUGAACUUCACAAUGUCAGGCUUGACCCAGGAUGAAUCCUACGAGUUCAGAGUUUACGCAAAGAACGCAAUCGGUUCUAUCAGCAAUCCAUCUGAUGUUGUUGGUCCAAUCACUUGUGUCGAUUCAUGUGGUGAGUUGAGCUUUUUUUACUUUUCAAUGGGUAAAGAAACUGUCAUUUGGUUGAUAUUUGAUUUACUAUUUUGUUGCUAAUAUUUUGUUUUUCUCAUGUUCAGGUGCCCCUGCAAUCGAUCUUCCUCCAGAGUAUUUAGAUGUUGUGAAAUACAAAGCCGGAUCCAUGGUUAAGAUCAGAGUGGGAAUUCUUGCCAAGCCUCUGCCAACAAUUGAGUGGUACAAGGAUGGAAAAGAAAUGGUGUCAAGCACUACACUAUCCAUCGAGAGCACCACUGAUUCCUCAGGUCUUCUCAUCAAGGACGCAACUCGUAGCCACACUGGCACAUAUGAAAUAAAGAUCAAGAACGCUCUGGGUUCGGCAUCUGCCACCAUCAGGAUGGAAGUUCUAGGUAUAUUUUUUUACAUGUCAUUUAGCUUAUGUCAUGUAAUUGUGUCAUACUUUCAUUUGCAACAGACAUGUUGUUAUGAGUUCAAUAAUGUAUUAAUGCACUGAAUGUUUUCUCCUUUUCACCAGACAAACCUGGACCACCUCCUGGCUUGAUUCAGUUUAUGUUAGUCACAGCAGACAGGAUCAUGCUCAAGUGGGAGCCAAUCACUGAUGAGGGUGGUGCUAAGGUCACCCAUUACGUUGUGGAGAAACGUGAAACCAGCAGAGUGGUAUGGUCUACCGUGUCUGAGAGACUAGAAGAGUGCUACAUAGCUGUCAUGAAGUUGGUACGAGGAAAUGAGUACAUUUUCCGUGUGAGGGGUGUCAACAAGUUCGGAAAUGGAGAACCCUUGGACUCUGAGCCUGUUGUUGCCAAAAAUCUAUUUGGUAAGUGUAAAACAAAACAGGCCAUAACAUUGUGGUAGCAAAAAACACUAUUUUGAAACAUGCAAACAGAAGUUUUAUCUGUUGAAAUAUAAAGCAGACAUUCCCCAAAAUGAUCAGCUUGACAUGCAUAUUAAGUCUUCUUAUAAGACAUACAUUCUGUUUUCUGAUGUAUUUUUUUUACUUAACCGACUCUUUAUAUUAAUUUCACAGUUACCCCAGGACAGCCUGCCACACCAGAGGUAACAACUAUAACCAAAUCAACAAUGGUAGUUGUAUGGGACAAACCAGGUGUGGAUGGCGGUAGUCAAGUAACUGGCUACUACCUUGAGAGACGUGACAAGAAGAGCCUUCGCUGGAUAAAGGUCUUGAAAGAUCCGAUUAACAACACCACUACGACUAUCUUUAACCUAACAGAAGGCAAUGAAUAUCAAUACCGUGUGUGUGCCAUCAACAAAGCCGGAGAGGGCCCCUUCUCAGAUGUGUCUGACUACUACAAAGCAGCUGAUCCAGUUGGUAAGGAAAAAUGUUUAACGUCCAUCUAACUUAUGUAAUAAGUAAAAACCAUAACCUUUACUUCUCUAUUAAAACUAUAUCUAAAUUAUGUAAAUUUUCUUUAUUAGAACCACCAUACGAACCUACUAAGCUAAAAGUGGUUGACUCAACCAAGACAUCUAUCACCCUUGGAUGGGCCAAGCCAGAGUGGGACGGAGGCAGUGAGAUCCUCAGCUACGUUGUUGAACAGCUGACGGACGUGGAAGGUCUACGACGCAAACCACGUAAAGAAGAAUCAGAAGAAGAAGAAGAGGAGGAGGAAGAAGAAGAAGCAGACGAUGGAGAAUGGGUUGUAAUCAGCCAGAAGGGAGAAGUGAGGACAGCAGAGUACGUUGUGUCCGGCCUAACACCAGAUGUUGACUACUACUUCCGCGUAUCCGCAGUCAACAUCGCAGGGCGUGGAGAGGCCAUUAAGAUGAAAGAGCCUGUUCAGGCUAAGGAUAUUCUGGGUAAGUUAACACACCUCAUGGUUUCAUUACAUCUACAUUGACAUUUUGUUUCAUGAUAAGAUUUCUUCCCUUUUCCUAGUAGUGAAAAGGCAGUAAAUAAAGUAUGUAUCUUUUAAUGAUUUUUACAGAGGAAGCUAUCUUCGAUCCAGAUGUUGCCAUGAGAACUCACUACAUCGUAAAAGCCAAGCAGGAUGUGGAGAUCACAGUGCCCCUCAAGGGCAGACCUGCACCUAGUCCUACUUGGAUGUUCGGAGAGGAGAACAUCGACAAUAAUACAAAAUAUGAAUUCCACCACACAGAUAUUACAUCAACCCUUGUUAUUCCAGAAGUCAGCCGUAAUGACUCUGGAAAGUACACUGUGAAGAUUGAAAACGGUGUAGGAGAGCCAAAGUCAAUGACGCUGUCUGUGAAGGUUCAAGACUCACCAGCUGCCUGCACGAACCUGGUGUUGAAGGAUGUCACUCGUGGCAAAGUAACCAUGUGCUGGGAAGAACCUGAACUUGAUGGUGGUGCUGAUAUUACCAAUUACAUCAUUGAAAAGAGAGACUCAUCCAAGAGAUCCUACUCUAGUGUGACAACCAAAUGCACAGAACAAUUUUAUACCAUUGAAGAUCUCUCAGAGAAAACAUCCUUCUUCUUCCGUGUAUCAGCAGAGAAUGAAUUUGGAAUAGGUGAUCCUUGCAGCACAGUUGAACCAGUAAAAGCUACAGAAACUCCUGGUCCAGUCAAAGAAGUUGCUAUGAAGGAUGCCUCAAAGACCUCUGUAACACUGCAGUGGGUAAAGCCUGAUUACGAUGGUGGAAGCAUCAUAUCUGACUACGUCAUUGAGAAGAGACUCAAGGAUGAAGAGGACUGGGCAGCCGCUGGCUGCAGCAAACUAUGUGAACACGAAGUACCAAAACUCAAAGAAACCUCACAAAUGCAUUUCAGAGUUGCCGCCAGAAAUGAGAAGGGAAAGGGUGAUUUCACUGAAAUUGGACCAAUUGAAGUGAAGGACUUUGUCAUCCCACCAGAGGCCAACCUGGAUGAGUAUCCAGGUGGGGAAAUCAGUGUCCGUGUGGGCCAUAAUGUACACAUUGAGUUGCCCUAUAAGGGUAAACCCAGACCUGCCACAUAUUGGCUUAAGGACAAUAUGCCACUGAAGGAGAGCGAACUAGUACGCUUCAGGAAAACAGACAACAAAGUUGUUCUCAUGAUCAAGAAUGUGAGACCAGAGCAUGGUGGGAAAUACACACUUACUCUUGAUAACAGGGUGUACAGGAAAUCCUUCAACGUUUUUGUCAUAACUCGCGGACCACCAUCGAAGCCUGUCGCACCCAUCAACUUUGAUGAGGUCAGAGCAGACAGUGUUACAAUAUCCUGGGAGGAGCCAAACGAUUACGGAGGUGGAGAGAUCACUUGCUACUCUGUAGAGAAGCGCGACACAUCUCAGAAUGACUGGAAGAUGGCAUGCUCUAGUGUCACUGACACAACAUUCAAGGUGCCCAACUUGAUCAAAGGAAUACAGUAUCAGUUUAGAGUGCGUGCUGAGAACAUAUAUGGAGUCAGUGAGCCACUGGUGUCACCAAGCGUCGUCGCUAAACACCAGUUCAGGCCUGCAGGUCCACCAGGAAAGCCUGUUGUGUACAACGUCACCAACGACGGAAUGACCAUUCAGUGGGAGCUGCCCGUCUUCAAUGGCGGCUGUCCAAUCAAGGGCUACCAUGUUGAGAAGAAGGAGAAGAACAGUGUCAUGUGGCAGAAAGUCAACACUGUGGCUAUCCCUGGAACAGACUACAGAAUCCUUGGCCUUAUUGAAGGACUGGAAUAUCAAUUCAGAGUCUACGCACAGAAUGAUGCUGGAUUCAGCCGCAAGAGUGACGAAAGCAACACCACCAUGGCAGUUUCUCCAGUUGGUAAGUCCUUAUUCAAAUGGAAACUAAUCAUGGUUUACUGUUAAUAAUGGUAUACUGUUAUUCAUCCCCGGGCUGAACAAGGCAGUGAGUUUCAGGUCAGCAAUGGGUGCAGCAUACCCUUUCAUUAAAGCGGCAAUCAGCAGUAGAAACAAUAACAAAGCAGACACCCCGCCUCUGGUUCUGUAAAAAGCUGAGGGAUGGGGCUUGAGAAAUGUAACCACACUCAAAUUCAUAGACAGAGCUAUGGAUGCAAGGAGUAAAAUAAGCUUAUAUUUUAGGUUCUGGUGGGGAACUAAGCUCAUGAGGCAUUUAUAAUUUAUAUUCUUCAAGAAUCAAUGGGUACAUAUCUUUAAUUUAUAAGUCCAAAAAUGGAUGUAGCGCAACUGCUGAUUGCGACUUUAACGUACAUAUUCUUACAAUCAACACAUAGAUGGUAUGAAAUCCAAUGCCUAUGAAAGUGCAAGUACCAUGAAUAUCUUAUGUAAUAGGGAAGUAUAAACCAAGUGAUUUAAGCACAUUCCCAGACUUAGUCCACGUGUGAUUCAAACAUGUGAAAGUGAAUGUGUUCCUCUUUUAGAUCCACCUGGUCAACCUGACUACACUGAUGUGACCAGCAAUUCUGUCGCACUGAAAUGGGACGCACCCAAACGUGAUGGAGGCAGCAAGAUUGUGGCCUACAAUGUUGAGAAACGCCAAGGACAGGGCCGCUGGCUGAAGAGCAACUUCACUGAUGUCCACGACACCCAGUUUACUGUCACUGGUCUUGCUUGCAAUGAACGCUAUGAGUUCAGAAUUAUUGCAAGAAAUGCUAUUGGCGUAAUGAGUCCCCCAUCUAACUCAUCUGGAUACAUCGUGGUCAGAGAUGAAAGUGGUAAGUGAAUACAUUAUAUGUUGAAAUAAUAAUAAUAAUACGUUUGACAUGAUAAUAUUAAUAUGUAAUAUGUUUUGCAUUGUAUAAAACACUAAUGAUGUACAUGUUCACCUUUUGUCUUUCCAGCUUCUCCAAACAUUGAGUUUGGCCCAGAGUAUUUUGAGGGACUCACAAUCAAGGCAGGAGACAAUAUGAGACUGAAGGUAUCGAUCACUGGACGGCCACAGCCCAAGGUUGUGUGGUUCAGAGACGGCGUGCAAAUCACCAAGUCGAUGAUGGACACCACCACAGUUGCUGGAUCAAGCAUGCUCUUUGUACGUGAUGCUGACCGCAGUCACAAAGGAACUUACACAGUGGAAGCCACCAAUAACCAAGGAACCAAGAAGGAGGACAUCAUUGUCCAAGUCCAUGGUUGGUUUCGUUUUACUGUCACAACAUUCAAAUAGCACUGUGAUUUAUCUUGUUGACAUCAUUGUAGAUAGUUGAUCGGCCUUGUACUGUACAUGUCAAAUGUUUAUGAUCCUCUAUUCUUAUCUAGAUACUCCUGGAGAACCGGUGGGACCUAUCAUUUUCAGUGAUAUCUCUGAAGGAAAAGUGACCCUCACAUGGAAUCCACCGGAGAAUGACGGCUGCUCGGACAUCGCUCACUACAUUGUUGAGAAGCGUGAGACCUCUAAGAUCUCUUGGGCACUUGUCUCGGAUUGCUGUAAAGAAACAGUAUACCACGCCACCAAGCUGAUGAAGACCAAUGAGUACCAGUUCCGUGUUUCUGCUGUCAACAGGUUUGGUACCGGCCGACCAUUGGAUUCAAGUCCCAUCAUUGCACAAAUGCAAUACAGUAAGUCCAAGGGCUCUAUUUUAACAAACCUAACGCAAUGGUCAAUCUAAGCGCAGGCGGUGUGUCAGAAAUAUCUUUGCUAUUUUCACUAUCACAAUUAUCGGCGCACUUGCUGGCGUUGGCGGGAAAGGACUUGGUUUUGAUUCAUAAAGAAGUUGUGGGUGUGUGGAGGCUAGGCCCCUCACUGGCCAAUCAGAACAUGCUCCAUGGCGAAAUAUGUGGUUGCUUCAAGUUGUGUAUUUACGGUCUUAUGUAUUGCCUUGGAAUCAAUUCCAAUUCCAAUGUUAGUCCCGUUAUAGUUUGUUAAAUGGCUUACAGAAACGAAAUAACAAAAUGUAGACCUAUCUUUGCUAAAUAUGUUAACUCAAAUCAAAUCAAAUUUUAUUUGUCACAUACACGUUUAGCAGAUGUUAUUGCGGGUAUAGCGAAAUGCUUGUGUUUCUAGCUCCAACAGUGCAGUAUAUCUAACAAUUCACAACAACACACACUAUACACACAACCUAAAAGUAAAAGAAUAGAAUUAAGGAAUAUAUAAAUAUUAGGAUGAGCAAUGUCGGAGUGGCAUAGACUAAAAUACAGUAGAAUAGAAUACAGUAUAUACAUAUGAGAUGAGUAAAGCAAAAAUAUGUAAACAUUAUUAGAGUGACUAGUGUUCCAUUAUUAGUGGCCAGUGAUUUCAAGUCUAUGUAUAUGCAGCCUCUAAGGUGCAGGGUUACGUAACUGGGUGAAAGCCGCCUAUUGAUGGCUAUUUAACAGUCUGAUGGCCUUGAGAUACAAGCUGUUUUUCAGUAUCUCUGUCCCAUCUUUGAUGCACCUGUACUGACCUCGCCUUCUGGAUGAUAGCGGGGUGAACAGGCAGUGGCUCGGGUGGUUGUUGUCCUUGAUGAUAUUUUUGGCCUUCCUGUGAAAUCGGGUGCUGUAGGUGUCCUGGAGGGCAGGUAGUUUGCCCCAGGUGAUAUUUACAUUUACAUUUACAUUUUAGUCAUUUAGCAGACGCUCUUAUCCAGAGUGACUUACAGUUAGCGCAUACAUUAUUUUAUCGAACCCACAACCCUGGCGUUGCAAACGCCAUGCUCUACCAACUGAGCUACAUCCCCUGCCGGCCAUUCCCUCCCCUACCCUGGACGACGCUGGGCCAAUUGUGCGCCGCCCCAUGGGUCUCCCGGUCGCGGCCGACUACAACAGAGCCUGGAUUCGAACCAGGAUCUCUAGUGGCACAGCUAGCACUGCGAUGCAGUGCCUUAGACCACUGCGCCACUCGGGAGUUAUAUGUUGGGCAGACAGCACCAGGACAGCACAGGAGAGCCCUGUGGUUGCGGGCGGUGCAGUUGCCGUACCAGGCAAUGAUAUAGCCGACAGGAUGCUCUCAAUUGUGCAUCUGUAAAAGUUUGUGAGGGUUUUAGGUGCAAGACACAUUUCUUCAGCCUCCUAAGGUUGAAGAGGCGCUGUUGCGCCUUCUUCACCACAUGUCUUUGUGGGUGGACCAUUUCAGAUCGUCAGUGAUGUGUACACCGAGGAACUUGAAGCUUUCCACCUGCUCCACAGCAGUCCCGUAGAUGUGGAUAGGGGCAUGCUCCAUCUGCUGUUUCCUGAAGUCCACGAUCAGCUCCUUUGUUUUGUCGACAUUGAGGGAGAGGUUAUUUUCCUGGCAUCACUUAAUGAUGAGCUUGGAGGGUACUAUGGUGUUGAAUUCUGAUCUAUAGUCAAUGAACAGCAUUCUAACAUAGGUAUUCCUCUUGUCCAGAUGGGAUAGGGCAGUGUGCAGUGCGAUGGCGAUUGCAUCAUCUGUGGAUCUAGGGAGAGAUUGAAUAUGUCCGUUAACACUCCAGCCAGCUGGUCUGCGCAUGCUCUGAGGACACGGCUAGGGAUGCCGUCUGGGGUCAGCCUUGCAAGGGUUAACACGAUUAAAUGUCUUACUCACGUCGGCCACAGAGAAGGAGAGCCCACAGUCCUUGGUAGCGGGCUGCGUUGGUGGUACUGUGUUAUCCUCAAAGCGGACGAAGAAGGUGUUUAGCUUGUCCGGGAGCAAGACGUCGGUGUCCGCGACGUGGUUGGUUUUCCCUUUGUAGUCUGUGAUUGUCUGUAGACCCUGCCACAUACUUGAACCCAUUUGCAGUCCACAUUGUUCUAAGUAAUUGCGUGGCUUCAAUAGCAUUCACACUGAUAUAGGGGCCAGGCCUACUGUCAAUUGCAUUAUAGCUGAGCAUGGACAUGCCAAACAUUGUCAAUAAGCAAGAUUACAUUAAUUAUUGAUAAGGCCUAAAAAGAGAACAAAUAGUUAUAAUCAAAUUCUAAACAAAACGAAACAACAACUUAUUUUAAAUAGGCUAUGUCACACUUACAGCCACCAUAAUUUCUCCUCGUGGGCAUAUAAUAUUAAAACAACGCAGACUAUGGAGGGUUUUACGCACAUUCCAACUUUUCACAGUAGCUGGACAAAGAUCCAAUAUAUAUAGAAAGGGAGAAUGUCCACUCACCCUUAUACUGCUCCCAAAUAGGCCUGGAAGGUGAAUCAUUCUAAUAAGUUUGGUUGUAAUAAAAAUUAACGAAAAUAAAUGUAAUGAUAUCAUAAAAUCGCCAGGAUAAAAAAGACAGGCAUUGCUGUUGAACAGCCUUUGUUAUAGUAGGCCUAAGGGAGGGCUUGGGUUUGUAACAUAUGAAAUGGAAAACAAGCCAUUUUUACAGGUUACAGGUCACUUCUAAAUACGAGGUUCACCUGUAUUUACAGAAGGAUCUCAUCUCUCGUUUCAUGAUGGGCAUUGACAGGUAGCCUACAUCAUGGAGGGGGAUUUAAGCAAGUCCAAAAUGUGGGCCUGCCUACAAUGCAUAGAUAAAAAGGGAAUGUCAGCUCACUGUUUAACUCCUCUCAAACUUGAUAUUUUAAUAAAGCUUUGGUGAUUAAGAUUUAUUUCCAAGCGGUCUCAGGAGCCAAACCCUUUAUCGACAGUCUUGACUACUUCACGAUUGCGUUGAGGCUAUGCUUGGUUUUUAAUCAAAUAAAAGGAAAUGGGGAAAAACACAUGUUUUUUAUGUUUCUAAAUACGAAGUAUACAGGCACCAAAAGCACAUUAGGCUACUCUUGUUCCAUGCGCAUAUGGGCAGUGUGCAUCACGGCUGGAUAGGCUGCGUUUCCGCUGUCAAAAUUCAUCCCAUAACCAACUGCAUUACCGCUAAAACCAGCUUUUGGUUGGUCUUAAAUAUCCCUAUCAGUGCUGCCUGAAAUUAGCACUUUGGAUCAUGUUUUUAAAGAGGCACCUCUAAUAUUUCCACCCCGUCCAUCUGAGGGCAAGCGAGCUGAUAUAAGACAGGUAAAUUGCAGAAACUGGGGUUAGGGUUGGAAAAUGCCAGUGCGGCAGUUUUUACAUGACGAAAUUGCUAACUAACAUGCGUUUGACACAAGAGCCGCCUUAACACCAGCCCCAUGUCUGAAUAUGAUUUUGGCAUUUUUAACAGCCCACUUUACCAAAUGUAUGUCUUAAUAAUUAUUUACCCCCUUUUCCUACAGCUACUCCUGAAGCACCUGGCACACCUGAUUCCACGGCAGUUUCUGGAGACAGUAUCACACUGGCAUGGGAAGCUCCCACAUCUGAUGGAGGCAAUCCUAUUCAGUACUACAUUGUUGAAAAACGUGAGAAGAAGACUGUCCGCUGGGACAAGGUGAGGUCAAAGAAGCCCAUUGUGGAGCCUGCACACCGGGUGGAUCAUCUCACUGAAGAUAUGGAGUACGAGUUCCGUGUGAUGGCAGUAAACAACGCUGGUAUCGGCGCACCCAGUAACAUCUCAAUGGCCAUUAAAGCCAGCGAGCCAAAGGAUAUUGCAUGCGCUUCAUCUGUGGUUCAUGUAACUGACUCUACAGAUACAACUAUCAGUUUGGAAUGGACCAAGCCUAAAGACGAUGGUGGCAGUCCCAUCUAUGGAUACGUCAUUGAGUUGCACAAGGUAUCUGAGGAAGAACUAAAAGAAAUACUAGCUAAACCUAAGAAGGUGGUAGACAGCUCAGAAGAUGAAGAUGAAGAGGAGGAGGAAGAAGAGAAAGAAGAGGAUACCAGAGAAUGGAUCAGAAUCAAUGAGGAUCUGGUCAAUGACACAAAAUACGUUGCAACUGGUUUGGAAACUGGUUCAUACUACCUGCUUCGUGUUUCUGCCCAGAAUAGUAUUGGAAAGGGAGAGGAGCAAGAGAUUCCUGAGCCAGUACAGGCUGUGGACAGACACGUAAAACCUGACGUUGAUAUUGAUGCUACCUUCAAACAAACACACAUUGUGAAGAAGGGAGGCACCGUCUGUCUCCGUAUAGCCUACAAAGGAAAACCAACUCCUUCAGUUAAAUGGAGUAAGGAAGAUGAAGAAGAACUUGGUGUUAUGACAGAUAUUACUACUACAGAGACCUACACUGCUCUGACAAUAGAAAAGUGUACCAGAUAUGAUUCUGGAAGAUACACCCUUACUCUGGAGAACAGCAGUGGCGUAAGGGAAGUUGAUUUCAUUGUAAAGGUGUUGGAUACACCUGGACCUCCAGGACCUAUUGCAUUUGCAGAAGUGUCCAGAGGAGCACUGACACUGGUUUGGGAACCUCCAGCUAAUGAAGGCGGAGCACGCAUUCAACAUUACAUCGUAGAGAGGCGUGAGGCAAGUCGUCGUACCUGGAACCAAUCCGGUGGCAAGGUCACUGCGCUAUCCUUACAUAUCCAGGAUCUUCUGGAAGGUGUUCCCUACUUUUUCAGAGUCUCAGGAGAGAACCAGUAUGGUAUUGGCGAGCCUUUUGAGACAAUAGAUCCCAUUAUUGCUACUGCAGAGCCUUCUUCACCAAUGAGAUUGGAUGUUGUGGACGUCACAGACACUACAGCAACACUCUCAUGGGUCAAACCCGAGCAUGACGGUGGUAGUCGUAUCACAGGAUACAUCAUUGAGCAUAAGGCAAAGACCACAGAUAAAUGGGUCAUUGGUGGUGAGACCAAGAACGAGAGCAUCACUCUAGAGUUAUGUAGGACUGCAGAAUAUGAAUUCCGCGUUAAGGCAAAGAACGAUGCCGGCAGCAGCUUACCAAGAGAAGCACUAUCCUCAGUGGUAAUCAAAGAGCCACAGAUUGAACCAACUGCAGAUCUCAGUGAAAUAUCUAACCAGGAGAUCAUCUGUAAAGUGGGUAAUACCUUCACCAUCGAUGUUCCCAUCACUGGUAGACCAGCACCGAAGGUAAUCUGGAAACUGGAGGAGAUGAGACUGAAGGACACUGAAAGGGUUACAAUCAAGACUGUCAAAGACAGGACAACCCUGUCUGUCAGAGACGCCAUGAGGGGCGAUGGUGGCAGAUACUUCCUCAGUCUGGAAAAUUCUGCUGGAUCCAAGACGUUCUUCGUUACUGUCAAGGUCAUUGGAAGACCUGGUCCCCCCGUUGAACCCGUUGAAGUUUCAUCCAUAACAUCAGAAUCAUGUGAGAUUGCUUGGGCAGCACCAGAGGAUGACGGUGGAACGGAUAUCACCAACUACAUCGUUGAGAAGCGUGAAUCUGGCUCCACUGCCUGGACGCUCAUCAACUCCAGUGUGAAGCGCACCAACCUCAGUGUGGGACAUCUGACAAAGUACAUGCAAUACACCUUCCGCGUCAGUGCUGAGAACAGAUUUGGCACAAGCAAAUCAACUGAAUCUGAGACCAUUGUCGCUGAGAAUCCAUUCGGUGAGUAUAUGUUAAGAGAAAUCUAUGUUUCAAAUGUUUAGUGUUUUCACACGUUAAUAGUUAAGAGUGAAAAGUUUAAACUGAAUUGAGUGAUAUUGUUUGUGUUGAUAAUAGGUCCUCCUGGUCCACCAACCAGACCUUCUGUAUACAACGUUGCUUCCACCACCUGCCACAUUCGCUGGGAGGAGCCAUACCAUGAUGGUGGCAGCAAGGUGACUGGAUACUGGAUUGAAAAGAAAGAACGCAACAACAUCCUUUGGGUGAGGGAGAACAAGAUCCCAUGCUUUGAAUGCGACUACAGUGUAGAUGGACUUAUUGAAGGCCUUUCGUACCAGUUCCGUGUCUUUGCAAUGAACAGUGGUGGCCUUGGCAAAGCUAGCGAGGCAUCCAAGCCUAUGGUGGCUCAAAAUCCAGUUGGUAAGUACUGAUUUCCCCCCAAAACUUUGGGAUACUAUUACAUGUCCAUAAUACAUGUGUUUAAGGAAAGCAGACUCCUGAUUCCUAUUAAUCUUGUGUCUAGAUCCUCCUGGUAGACCAGAAGUAACUGAGGUGGGCAGAUCUACAGUGUCCAUCAAAUGGUCUACACCACUUGACGAUGGUGGCUUCCCAAUUGUGGGUUACAUUGUUGAGCGCAAGCCAUACACCAUCACUGGCGAAGGUCGCUGGCUGAAGUGUAACUACACCAAUGUCACAGAAAAUAACUUCUCGAUCACUGCACUUGGUGAAGGAGAGGUCUACGAGUUCCGAGUCAUUGCCAAGAACUCCAACCAAGUUUUCAGUAUGCCUUCAGAGUCAACCGGCGCAGUCACAUGCAAAGCAGAAUACAGUAAGAUAUAUAUACUUCUAAAUAUAUUGACUUUAAAUUAUAUGUCCAAAUUGAAAUCAACUAUCAUUUACUAAGUCGGAUUCUUUCUCUUUUAUUUUCGUAGCUCCUCCAAAGGCAGACCUCGACAGCAAACUUCUGGUAGACACGGUUACAAUCAGAGCCGGCGCAGACCUUGUUCUGGACGCUACUAUUGGUGGUAAACCUGACCCCAAAGUGUUCUGGGCCAAGGGAGAGAAGGAACUGGAGCUGUGUGAAAAGUAUUCCCUGCAGUACACCAACACACGUGCUAUGGCCAUUAUCAAAUUCUGUGACAGAGAUGAUACCGGGAAGUACGUUCUCACUGUGAAGAACGCCAGUGGCAUCAAGUCAGCCGAAGUUAACGUGCAAGUACUUGGUAAGUGUAAAUAAAGAAAUUAAAUGACAAAGUUGGAAACAAAUGGGGCUUACCUUGAUCUCAUACCAUAAAUUAAUGUGUUCCUUUCAGAUACACCUGGUGCUCCUGACGGCAAAAUCACAAUCAGCCAUAUUUCUGAAGAGAAAUGCACCGUGUCUUGGAAACCCCCUCUGGAGAGUGGUGGUGACCCGGUGACACAUUACAUUGUUGAGAGACGCGACACCAACAGACUCAACUGGGUGAUCAUGGAAGCUGAGUGCAAAGAACACACCUGUGAGAUCACCAGACUGUUCAAGAACAAUGAGUACCUCUUCCGCGUGAGAGGCGCCAACAAGUAUGGAUCUGGCGUUCCACUGCAAUCUGGUCCUAUCAUUGCCAGAAACAUGUUCAGUAAGUAGAACAUCUUCCAUCUUUCAUAUUAUCUUGCAACAUGAUAUGUUAUUGCAUUCUAUGAUAUAAUCAGGUGUCAUUUGGAAAAUAGAUUUGUAAUCUCAAGAUGAUCUGCUGAAUAAAUAAAGGAUAAAUAAAUACAAAUAAAAGAUUGAGAUUGAGAUGAUAAUCUAACAAUAAAUUAUUCUGUCAUAUUACAGCUGUCCCAUCUGCUCCUGGCACACCAGAGAUUCUUGCUGUAGGAAAAGAUUUUGCUAGCAUUGAAUGGCUAAAAUCAGAGACCGACGGUGGCAGUCCUAUAACUGGUUAUCUGAUUGAGAAACAUGAAAAGAAGAGUGCCAGAUGGAUCAAGGUGAACAGAGAUGCAACACUUAUGGACACAAGCUUCAAGAUAACUGGCCUUGUGGAGGGCAACAUCUACCAGUUCCGUGUAUCAGCUGUCAACAAGGCUGGUGAGAGUGAACCCAGUGAGCUGUCUCUAUAUGCUGUCUGCAGAACGCCAACAAGUAAGUGUCCUACAAUUUAUCUAUUGCACAAAAUUCUAUGUUACCAGUGCACUGUUAAAGAAGUUAAACUAAGUUAAUGUAAUACUGUUAAGUUACUGACUGUUGUCCUGUUGUUGUUUUUCUUUGUUCUUGUCUUUUUAUAAAUAUAAUUGGCACAUCGGGUGGGUGGUUGUUUGGUUGGGUUGGACUGGGAUGUUGGCUCGGAUGGGUGGAGAUGGGGGGGGUUUGGAGUGCGAGGAGUUUUAUUUCAGGGGGGACUGUGGGGGGGGGUCUUGGAUGGUAGAGGGGCGGUAGAGGGGCGGUUGAGGGGCGGUUUCCAGGGGGGGGGGGGGGGUGCUCUUGGAUGGUUGGGGGCGGUGGGUGGCCUGGCAGUUGGGAGCGUUGGGCCCAGUGGCCGAGAGGUCGCUGGUUCGGGUCCCCGAGUCGGCUGGGUGGGGGAUCUGUCGAUGUGCCAUUGAGCGGGGUGCUUGUCCCUGAUUGCUCCUGUGGGUCUCUCUUGAUGGGAGUGUCUGUUGAAUGACUGAAAUGUAAUGUAAAUGUUGAGCAGCUUCACUGCAGGUAUGUUAACUUUUUAUUUUAUUUUGUAUUACUGACUGUUAAUAUUGUGUGUCCCUCAGGUACUCCUCCUCCUCCCACAAUUCCACGUAUUAUCGAUACUACCAAGGACAGUGUCAGCCUUGCUUGGACCAGACCCUUGGAGGACGGAGGUUCUGAUAUCAUCGGUUACGUUCUGGAGAUGCAACAACAGGAGGAGGGAGUUGAGAAGCCGCCUGAGCCAAAACCUGAGAAGGUACCUGAGAAGGUCGUUUCGAAGGGAGCCAGUCUAGGAGCCAAGAAAACAGUUGUGUUUGUGGAGGAAGAGUCGGAGGAGGAAGACGAUGAGGAGGAGGAGGAGGAGGAGGAGGAAGAGGAAGGUACAGGUGUGUGGGUUAAGGCCCAUGAGAAGAACCUGAGACUCACAGAACACGUUGUGACUGGCCUUACAACUGGCAAGAUGUACCGCUUCAGAGUGGCUGCAGUUAACUUCAAUGGAGUCGGUGAAUUUAGUAGAGCCUGCGCAGCAGUCGAGGUUAUCGAGAAAAUUGGUGAGUUAGGAGCAUUAGCUUAGCCUAAGGAAUAGGAAUGAUUCUGCAUUUCCACCGUAUAACUUCAAUCCAUGAACCAUGAGUUAAAAUUCCUCCCACAAACAAACAAAAUUGUAGCCUACACAAUUUUUCCUUCAUUUGUUUUGAUUCAUUUUGUUAGUUUCCCGUGAGAUUAAUAAUUGCCUUCCUUUUAACACAGAAACUCCUGAUAUUGAGCUUCAUGAUGAUAUGACCAAGACCAUCUGCCUGAGAGCCGGAGGUUCUCUUCGUCUCUUUGCCACGGUCACUGGACGACCAAUCCCUGCAGUUACCUGGAGCAAACCUGGUGUCGACCUCAACAACCGUGGCUUCAUUGAAGUCACUAAAACUUCCACACAAAUCAUUAUUGACAAAGUGCACCGCUAUGAUGCUGGCAAAUAUACCAUUGAGGCAAAGAAUGAAACUGGCGAAAAGACAGCUACCAUUAUUGUCAAGGUCUAUGGUAAGAUUUUUCGAAUGUAAGUCUUUACCCACUUGUUAUAGAAUGCUGUCAUAGGUAUAUGGGUUUUUAACCUUAAAUGUGCUUCCUCUUUUCAGAUACUCCUGGUCCAACCGGCCCAAUUAAGAUCAAGGAACUUGAGAAGGACUCCAUUACCAUUGCAUGGGAUCCUCCUACUGUUGAUGGUGGAGCACCAGUGAAUAACUACAUCAUUGAGAGACGCGAAGCAUCAAUGAGAGCUUACAAGACAGUGACAUCCAAAUGCAGCAAGACAUCAUACAAAAUCGACGGACUCUUCGAGGGAAUGCUGUAUUACUUCAGAGUCCUCCCAGAAAACCUGUACGGUGUGGGAGAGCCAUGUGAAACCCCUGAUGUCAUUUUGGUGUGUGAGGUGCCUAUGCCCCCUGCGACACUGGAGGUUAUGGAUAUUACCAAGACCACAGUAACACUUGGAUGGGAUAAACCAGAGCAUGACGGUGGAAGCAGACUCACAGGCUACAUCAUUGAAGCUUGCAAAUUCGGCACAGACAAAUGGAUGAAGGUGACAACAGUGAAGACAACUGACUUUGAGUUCACUAUGACUUCUUUGACUGAGAAAGACCAGUUUAUGUUCAGAGUAAGAGCUGUUAACAGCAGGGGAGCCAGUGCACCAAAGGAGCUUGUUGCAGCCGUAACAGUCCAAGAACAAAGAGGUUUGAAAUGUGUAAACUUCAUAAAUGCUUCAUAUAUAUCUAAUUGAACUAACCUAUCAACUAUUCAAGCACAUUUUUACAUAACAUAUCUUUCUGUUUUACAGUUCUGCCAAAGGUUGAUCUGUCUAGCAUCCCACAGAAGUUUGUCAAUGUGUUGGCUGGUAAACCACUUGAGCUGCACUUGCCAAUAGUCGGUAGACCCCCACCAGUUUGCUCAUGGUACUUCCGUGGUCAGAAGCUGAAGAUCACUGAGCGUACGAAGAUUCAGACCACUGGAAAGUUCUCUAAGCUAACCGUGCUUGAUACAACCAUCAAUGACAGCGGUAGCUACACUCUCGAAGUGAAGAACGUCACAGGAGAGACCUCUGAGAUCAUUAAAGUGAUCAUUCUUGGUAUGUACCUUCUAACAUAACACGAACUGAGGUCGUCACAUACAGUAAGUUAUGAAUAUAAGACAAUGACAAUACCAUUCCUCUCUGGGGGGUUUUCAGACAAACCUGAUGAGCCUAAAGGACCAGUCAGGUUCGAUGGAGUUGAUGCCACCUCAGUGACCAUCAGCUGGGAUCCUCCAGAGAGAACCGGAGGUGCCCCUGUCAGUGGAUAUGUUGUUGAGCAGCGUGAAGCCCACCGUCCUGGAUGGCUGCCAGUGUCUGACUCUGUCAGUAGACCAACAUUCACCUUCGUCAAACUGACAGAAGGAGAUGAAUACAUGUUCCGUGUCGCAGCAGUCAAUCGCUACGGCGUUGGUAACUGGCUGCAGUCUGAAGUUGUGAUGUGCAAGAGCGCAACGAGUAAGACAUGUUUUUAUACUAUAUCAUGUAGCAUACUUGAGUUGUUGCUCUUUAUUUAAAAAACAGAAGGAAACAGGAAUGAAUAUCCUGGGCUCUAUUUUAAUAAACCUAAAGCAAUGGUAAAUCUAAGCGCAGGCGUUAGCGCUAUAGGUUCAUGGGUGUGUCAGAAAUAUCUUUGCCAUUUUCACGAUCACAAUUAUCGGCGCACUUGCUGGCGUUGGCGUGAAAGGGCUGGGUUUUGGGUGUGUCGAAGCUAGGCCCCUCACUGGCAAAUCAGAACGUGCUCAAUGGUGAAAUGUGGUUGCUUCAAGUUGUGUAUUUACAGUAUUUUAUGUAUUGCCUUGGAAUCAACAACAAUUCCAAUAUUAGUCUGUUGUAGUGUGUUAAAUGGCUUACAGCAACCACACUGAUAUAGGGCCUAGGCCUACUGUAAAUUGCAUUAUGGCUGAGCAUGGACAUGCCAAACAUUGUCAUUAAGCGAGAUUAAAUUAAUUAUUGACAAGGCUUAAAAAGAGAACAAAUAAUUAUAAUCAAAUUCUAAACAAAACAACAGCCUGUUUUAAAUAGGCUAUGUCACUUACAGCCACCAUAUUUUUUCCCCGUGGGCAUAUAAUAUUAAAACAACGCAGACUAUGGAGGGUUUUAUUUACACACAUUCAAACUUUUCACAGUAGCUGGACAAAGAUCCAAUAUAUAUAGAAAAGGAGAAUGUCCACUCACCCUUAUACUGCUCCCAAAUAGGCCUAUGUUUUAUGAACAUAAUCAGAACCAUCUUACAGAUCAGAUCGCAUUCACACAUCUCAAGAAGUUGCAUUGCAAGCUCGCCAUGGACGUUGUCACCAUAAUACCAGGAAGGUGAAUCAUUCUAAGUUUGGGUGUAAUAAAAUUAAACGAAAAACAAGCAAUCAAUUUGUUUUAAACAACAAUAAAUACAUGUAAAAUAUAAUGAUAGCGUAAAAUCGGCAAGAUAAUAAAGAAACACACUUUGUUAUAGUAAGCCUAAGGGAGGGCCUGGGUAGUAGGCCUAAGGGAGGGCUUGGGUAGUAGGCCUAAGGGAGGGCUUGGGUAGUAGGCCUAAGGGAGGGCCUGGGUAGUAGGCCUAAGGGAGGGCUUGGGUAGUAGGCCUAAGGGAGGGCCUGGGUAGUAGGCCUAAGGGAGGGCUUGGGUAGUAGGCCUAAGGGAGGGCUUGGGUAGUAGGCCUAAGGGAGGGCUUGGGUAGUAGGCCUAAGGGAGGGCCUGGGUAGUAGGCCUAAGGGAGGGCUUGGGUAGUAGGCCUAAGGGAGGGCUUGGGUAGUAGGCCUAAGGGAGGGCCUGGGUAGUAGGCCUAAGGGAGGGCCUGGGUAGUAGGCCUAAGGGAGGGCUUGGGUAGUAGGCCUAAGGGAGGGCUUGGGUAGUAGGCCUAAGGGAGGGCUUGGGUAGUAGGCCUAAGGGAGGGCCUGGGUAGUAGGCCUAAGGGAGGGCUUGGGUAGUAGGCCUAAGGGAGGGCCUGGGUAGUAGGCCUAAGGGAGGGCUUGGGUAGUAGGCCUAAGGGAGGGCUUGGGUAGUAGGCCUAAGGGAGGGCCUGGGUAGUAGGCCUAAGGGAGGGCCUGGGUAGUAGGCCUAAGGGAGGGCCUGGGUAGUAGGCCUAAGGGAGGGCCUGGGUAGUAGGCCUAAGGGAGGGCUUGGGUAGUAGGCCUAAGGGAGGGCCUGGGUAGUAGGCCUAAGGGAGGGCCUGGGUAGUAGGCCUAAGGGAGGGCCUGGGUAGUAGGCCUAAGGGAGGGCUUGGGUUUGUAACAAAUGAAAUGGAAAACAAGCAAUUUUUACAGGUUACAGAUCACUUCUAAAUACAAGGUUCACCGGUAUUUACAGAGGCUCUCAUCUCUCGUUUCAUGGUGGGCAUUGACAGGUAGCCUACAUCAUGGAGGGGGUUUUACGCACGUCCAAAACAGGACCUGCAUGGCUAAAAAAUGUGGGCCUGCCUACAAUGCAUAGAUAAAAAGGGAACGUCAGCUCACUGUUUAACUCCUCUCAAACUUGAUAUUUUAAUAAAGCUUUGGUAAUUAAGAUUUAUUUCCAAGCGGUCUCAGGAGCGAAAACCUUUAUGAACAGUCUUGACUACUUCGCAAUUGCAUUGGGAAAUAAAACAAAAUGUAUAACUAAGUAUACAGGCACCAAAAGCACAUUAGGCUACUCUUGUUCCAUGCGCAUAUGGGCAGUGUGCAUCACGGCUGGAUAGGCUGCGUUUCCGCUGUCAAAAUUCAUCCCAUAACCAACUGCAUUACCGCUAAAACCAGCUUUUGGUUGGUCUUAAAUAUCCCUAUCAGUGCUGCCUGAAAUUAGCACUUUGGAUCAUGUUUUUAAAGAGACACCUCUAAUAUUUCCAGCCCGCCCAUCUGAGGGCAAGCGAGCUGAUAUAAGAAAAGGUAAAUUGCUGAACCUGGCGUUAGGGAAAAUGCCAGUGAUACAUUUUUUACAUGGCAAAAUUGCUGCGUGCGUUUGACACUAGCGCCACCUUAACGCCAGCUGAAAAUAGAGCCCCCUAUGUAUCUUGUUUUUUGUUUACAGACAUCCCUGGACCUCCAGGCAGACCGACAGUAUUUGACAUGUCUCGUGAUGGCAUGACCAUUGCAUGGCUGGAACCAGAGGAUGAUGGUGGAUCCGAGGUGUCUGGAUACAUCAUUGAGCGCAAGGAGGUCCGAUCUGACAGAUGGGUGCGUUCUAACAAGAACCCAGUCACCAUGACCAGAUACAGAUCAACAGGUCUGAUAGAAGGCCUUGAGUAUGAACAUAGAGUAACGGCAAUCAACGCCAGAGGUGUUGGCAAACCAAGUGUUGUCUCCUUAACGGCAGUGGCAACUGAUCCCGUUGGUAAGUACCCUUUACUGGAUUUAAUUCCAUUAAAUCGCUGUCAUAAUGCAGAUAUUUAGGAUAAAUAUUAGAUAAAGACAUUAAAUACACUGAGUAUGCAAAACAUUAAGAACACCUGCUCUUUCCAUGACAUGACCAGGUGAAUACAAGUGAAAGCUAUGAUCCCUUAUUGAUGUCACUUGUUAAAUCCACUUCAAUCAGUAUAGAUGAAGGGGAGGAGACAGGUUAAAGAAGGAUUUUUAAACCUUGAGACAUGGAUUGUGUAUGUGUGCCAUUCAGAGGGUGAAAGGGCAACACAAAAGAUUUAAGUGCCUUUGAACGGGAUAUGGUAGUAGGUGCCAGGCACACAGGUUUGUGUCAAGAACUGCAACGCUGCUGGGUUUUUCACACUCAACAGUUCCCUGUGUGUAUCAAGAAUAGUCCACCACCGAAAGGACAUCCAGCCAACUUGACACAAUUGUGGGCAGCAUUGGAGUCAACAUCGGUCAGCAUCCCUAUGGAGAAUUUUUGACACCUUGUAGAGUACAUGCCUCGACGAAUUGUCAUAGGUAUAUGGGUUCUGAGGGCAAAAUGGGGGGGGGGGGGACUCAAUAUUAGGAAGGUGUUCCUAAUGUUUGGUAUACCCAGCAUAUUUAACAUAAUUGGAGAUUGAGAUAGAUAUAGACAAGGAUAUUCAUUUAUUGGUUCACCCUCACAGAUCCACCUGGCUCACCCCAGAACCCAAGAGUCACAGACACCACAAAAUCAUCAGUGUCCCUGGCCUGGAGUCCUCCUGAUGAGGAAGGCGGAUGUAAGGUCUCAGGUUAUCUGAUUGAGAUGCAGAAGGCAGGCUCAGUCGCCUGGAUCAAAUGUAACACAACACCUUCUCUGAUCUGUGAAUACACACUCACCAAAAUGCCCCAAGGAGAGGAGUUCAAGUUCCGUGUGAUGGCUUGCAACGCCGGUGGACCCGGAGAACCCGCUGAGGUCCCUGGAACAGUCACCGUGACGGAAAUGCUUGGUAAAGUCGUCUGCAAAAACACUGCCAUUUCCACAGCUUACUUUCUGGUUACGUGACAAAGAAUUGAUUACAUUUCUAACCAUUCACCAUUCUGAAUUUCAGAAAAACCUGAUCAUGAACUGGAAGCCAAGUACAAGGACGUCUUUGUCGUCAGAUAUGGCAGUGUCGUCAAACUCUCAGUACCCAUCAAGGGUAAACCAGUCCCUACAUGCAAGUGGACAAAGGAAGGCGCUGAUGUGCCUGAGAGAGCAAUGAUCGCUUCCAAUGACGACUGCACUGAGCUGGUAAUCAAGGGCGCAGAAAGAGACGACUCUGGCACUUAUGACCUGCUGCUUGAGAACAGGUGUGGCAAGAAGACCGUUCACAUCAAUGUGAAGGUUAUUGGCCGUCCGACUGCUCCAGAGGGACCACUUGGAUUCGAAGACGUCCAAGCACAAUCUGUUAAGUUGACAUGGAAGGCUCCUUCAGAUGACGGUGGCUCUGAAAUCCUUGGAUACAUUGUUGAGAGACAGCAGGUUCCCAAGACAGCCUGGUACACUGUGGACACCAGGGUGGUGGACACAUCUUUGGUUGUGAAGGGACUUGAGGAGGGACAAGAGUAUCACUUCAAGGUGACAGCUGAAAACACAUUCGGUAUCAGUGGAUCUCUGAAGUCAACAGAACCCCUCGUACCGAAAACUCCUCUCUGUAAGUAUUACUUUAUUGAUUCCUCUUUGAACUUAGUCAUUACAUGAGUCUGCAAAUGGUAUACUUAUAAUAUAAAUAUAUACUCUAAGACAUGCUUUUUCUCUGAUUAAAACAGGUCCCCCAGAGACAUCAAGCAUCCCACCAGAGGUUAUGGAUGUCACUAAGAGCUCUGCCUCUCUGUCUUGGUCGAGACCUAAGGAUGAUGGUGGCUCUGCCAUUACCGGAUACUAUGUUGAGUACAAAGCAGUGUCCUCUGAGACAUGGGUUCGUCAUGAGAAGAAGGUCAUUUCAACCCAGUUUACCGUCCCUGGACUCACUGCUGACGCUGAAUACCAGUUCCGUGUUAUUGCUCAAAAUGAUAUUGGAGACAGCGAACCAGGACCUGCAUCCGAACCAGUCACAUGCAAAGAUCCAUUCGGUGAGUUAGGAAUUUAGAUAACCAUGUCUGAUGUCACAUCAUGAUUGAUGACAUUAAUAUACAUUGAAAUGCUAUGUUUUUACAUUUGCUCUGCUCGGUCUUCCAGACAAACCAAGCCAACCAGGCGAGAUUGACACAGUAACUGUCACAAAGGAUGCUGUCGCCAUCAAGUGGGCGGCACCAGAAUGCGAUGGUGGAAAGGAGGUCCUUGGUUACUGGGUUGAAUACAGGAAGUCUGCAGAGGCUACCUGGAAGAAAUGCAACAAGACACGCACCAAGGAGAAAAAGUUCACCAUGACUGGUCUGGCCGAAGCCACUGAGUAUGAGUUCAGAGUGAUGGCUGAGAAUGAGACCGGAAUCAGCAGACCACGCAGAACAGCCACAUGCAUCAAGACGAAACUGGGUGGUAAGUGACAGAAGCAAUUCAUUAUUUCACAAUUGUAUGGAUGAACACUACAAUAGCUUUAUUUAUUACUUGUUUAUAAUACCUUGCGAAAGUAAGGUGAUACAAUUCAAAAAAUGAUUUAACUGUUGUUUUUCCAACAGCUGGAACUCAACCAAGCCUGAGGAAAGAAAUGGAUGAAGCUACCACUAAAUUAUACCAACCAGGAAUUAUGAAAUGCCAGAUUAUUGGUAGACCUCUUCCCGAUAUCAAAUGGUAUAAAUCUGGCAAGGAGAUAAUCGAGUCUCGUAAAUAUGAGAUGAGCUCUGAUGGCCGUAACCAUUCACUGACCAUUAUGACAGACCAGCAAGAGGAUGAAGGAGAAUACACAUGCAAGGCUAUCAAUGAUGCAGGUGAAGCAGAGACCAGUGGCGUUCUGGUUUUGGAAGCUGCUCCACAGUUCAACCCUGACUUCCCAUUGAAGAAUACCUACUAUGCCGAAAGCGGCACCACUCUGCGUCUACAUGUUGCCUACAUCGGACGCCCUGAGCCUAAGAUCAUGUGGCUUUAUGGAGCUACAACUGUGGUGGCUUCUGAGAAUAUCAGCAUUGAAAACACAGAACAUUAUACUCACCUUGUGAUCAAGAAUGUGCAACGCAGGGUACAUGGAGGAAAGUACAGAGUCAGACUGCACAAUCACUUUGGCAGAGCUGAUACUGUCAUCAAUGUUGAAAUCCAAGGUACUUUUACAUUGAAUUAGCACAAAUCUACAAAUUGUUUACGAUCUACAAUGCGUUUUACAAUGUGACUAAUUUACUUAUUGUUUUCAGAUAAACCUGCAAUGCCUGAAGGUCCCAUUGUACUUGAUGCCCUGUUGAAGAACUCUGUGAUUAUUAGCUGGAAACCACCAAAGGAUGAUGGUGGCUCAAUGAUCACAAACUACAUUGUGGAGAAGCGUGAAGACAAGGAGGGUGAUGACUGGACACUCGUGUCCUCAUCCAUCACAGGCACAAACUGCCGCAUUGCCAACCUCGUUGUAAACGCUGGGUACUUCUUCCGUGUGUAUGCUCAAAAUCGUUAUGGUAACAGUGAGCAACUGGAGAUCCCUACUCCCAUCCUUAUCAAGAGUUCAAUGGGUAAGUUGAGUCUCACAAUAUAGUUACAUGAUCAUAUAUUUGUACAAAUAUGAGAUGUUCAAAGCUUUGGAUCCUUACUAACGUUAUUCUGUUAUAUUUACAGAUAAACCUUCACCACCACUGCUGCCAGUGGUUUCUGGUGUGACCAACGUUUCCUGUGUCGUGUCCUGGAAGCCUCCACUCAUUGAUGGUGGCUCCAAGAUCAAGAGCUACUGCCUUGAGAAGAAGGAGAAGAAGGGCGAAUGGACACCUGUCACUACUGAUGAAAUCAAAUCCACAGUCUUCUCUGUCAAACGCCUCACUGAAGGAUGUGAAUAUAUCUUCCGCGUGAACUGUGAAAAUCUUGGAGGAGUGAGUGAAUGGAGUGUGGAAUCUGAACCAGUCGUUCCAAAGAUGCCUGUUGAUGUCCGUGCUCCCGCCUUCAAAGAAGAACUGAGGAAUAUGAGUGUCAAAUACAAGAGCAACGCCACCUUCGUUUGCAAGAUCACAGGACAACCCAAGCCUGUAAUUAAAUGGUUCAGACGUGGCAAGGAGAUCCAGUCUGACGGAAAGAAACUGAAGAUUCAAGAGUUCAAGGGAGGCUAUCACCAACUGGUUAUCUCUGCUGCUGAUGAGGAAGACUCUACCGUCUACCAGAUCAGAGCAACCAACCAGGGAGGAUCCAUCUGCACCACUGUCUCUCUGGAUGUUGAAGGUAAGAUCACAAAUGUGUAUUCAAUAAUACUUACAUAGUGUGAAUACAAUUACAUGUAUUUGUUCCACAUAUCAAGAACAUUAUUAGUCAAUUCAUAAUAGUUAUUUUUUUGUACUAAUGAUGUUAAAUAUUUUUUUUCUGUCUAGUCCCUGCCAAGAUUAACCUGCCCAAGAAUCUGAAGGACAAAGAGGCAAUCCCUGCCCUCCGUGGAGAGAUUGUGAAUAUCAAGAUUCCAUUCAGUGGCAAACCCGAUCCUGUCAUCACCUGGCAGAAGGGACAAGACCUCAUCGAUAACAACGGAUACUACCAAGUCAUCGUCACAAGGUCAUUCACAUCGCUUGUGUUCCCCAACGGAGUUGAUAGGAAGGAUGCCGGUUUCUACAUCGUUUGUGCAAAGAACAGAUUUGGCAUUGACCAACAGACAGUUGAACUGGAUGUUGCAGACGUGCCCGACCCACCACGUGGUAUCAAAGCAAGUGAUGUUUCUAGAGACUCAGUCACUCUGAGUUGGCAAGUACCUGCUAAUGAUGGUGGAAGCAGAGUAAACAGCUAUGUUGUGGAGAAGUGUCCCACAACAGCUGACAGAUGGGAACGUGUUGCCCAGGCUCGUGAUACUCGCUACACCGUCAUCAACCUGUUCGGAGGAACCAGCUACCAGUUCAGAGUCAUAGCCGAGAACAAAUUCGGUCAAAGUCAACCAUGUGAACCAAGUGGUCCCGUUACAACAAAGGAGGAUAAAUCAAGAGUCCUUGGCUAUGACAGCGAGGUUAGUGACAGAGAUGUGCCCAAGCAAAAGGCUCCCCAUUCAAGUGCCAAGAAUGUGCAUACCAAGUACAUGAUUGCUGAGGAGCUGGGACGUGGCCAGUUUGGUAUUGUUCACCGUUGUGUUGAGACCAGCUCUGAGAGGACAUACAUGGCCAAAUUCGUCAAGGUGAGGGGUGCAGAUCAAGCAUUCAUCAAGAAAGAAAUUGCAACACUGAACCUAGCCAGACACAACAACUUCUUGUGUCUUCAUGAGUCCUUCGACAGCACUGAGGAAUUAGUCAUGAUCUAUGACUUUGUCUCAGGUCAAGACAUCUUUGAACGCCUCGGCACAGCCGACUUCGAGCUGAAUGAGCGUGAAAUCGCCAACUACAUCAGACAAAUAUGUGAAGCUCUUGAGUUCUUACAUGACAAGGUUUAUGGUCACUUUGACAUCAGGCCUGAGAACAUUGUGUACACCACAAGAAAGAGCAGUAAAGUCAAGAUCAUUGAGCUAGGACAGGCAAGACACCUGACUCCUGGGGACCAGAUCAAGGUUCAGUACACUACAGCCGAGUACACUGCUCCUGAGAUCCACCAGAAUGACAUGGUCAGUAGUGUUACUGACAUGUGGCCAGUUGGUGUUCUAGUCUAUGUCCUUCUCAGUGGACUCAAUCCAUUUACCGCCGAGACUCAUCAGCAGAUGAUUGACAACAUCUCAAAUGCUGAGUACAGUUACGACGACGAAACCUUCAAGGUGCCUACUGUUGAAGCAUUAGACUUUAUCAACCGCCUUCUCACCAAGGAGCGCAAGCACCGGAUGACUGCUGCCCAGGCUUUGGAACAUCCUUGGCUGAAGAUGCCAACAGAAGAACUCAGUGCCACAGCAAUAACGACCACAAGGCAUAAGAGAUACUACCAGGCCAUGGCAAAGAAAGAAUGGGCCACUGUUGUUGCAGGAGCAAGAGUCGCUAGCGGCGGUGCAAUCAGAGCCCAGAGAGGUGUCACAGUCGCCAAAGUAAAGAUCGCACCAUUUGAACAUGGCCCAGUCGGUGGUCAAAUCAUUCAUACAGUGGUGGAUGUGGGAGCAGAUGUCAAAUUUGCUUGCAACAUUGAGAACUACGACAGCGCCACAGAGGUAACAUGGUACUGCGGUGUGCGUCAACUAGAGGCAAGUGACAAGUAUGAAAUCGACUAUGAGGAUGGUCUGGCUGUCAUAUGUAUCAAGGGCGUCACUAAAGCAGAUGACGGCACCUAUAGAUGUAAGAUUAUCAAUGAUUACGGUGAGGACAGUGCCUACGGAGAGCUCUUUGUAAAUGGAGUCAGAUCAUACCGUGAGUACUUCACAGCCCGUGUGGUGAGGAAAGUGAAACGUAGAGUGGACACAGCAAGACUGCUCCAGAAACCACCAGAGUUCACCCUGCCCUUGUUCAACCAUGCAGCUUACAUCGGAGAAGAUGUUCGCUUUGGUGUGACUAUCACUGUGCACCCUGAGCCUCGUGUUACAUGGUACAAAUCUGGCCAGAAGAUUGUUCCUGGUGAUGAUGAGAAAAAGUACACUUUCAUAACCGACAAGGGUCUUUAUCAAUUGGUGAUUCACUGUGUUGAUGCUGAAGACGAUGCGGAGUACUCGGUUGUGGCCCGUAAUAGAUUUGGUGAUGACAGCUGUAAGGCAAAACUUGCUGUGACACCUCGCCCAGCACCAGCAGACAAUACCUUGAGGCCCAUGUUCAAACGUCUCCUGGCAAACGUGGAGUGUAGGGAAGGCCAGAAUGCACGCUUUGAAAUCAGAGUGUCAGGACUCCCAACUCUGAAGUGGGAGAAGGAUGGCAUGCCAUUGGCAUUUGGUCCACAAAUUGAAGUGGUCCAUGAGGGCCUGGAUUACUUUGUCCUGCAUGUGAAAGAUACUCUACUUGAUGAUUCUGGCUGUUACAGAGUUACUGCAACCAACUCAGCUGGAUCUGCCAGUUGUCAAGCCAUUCUCAAGGUGGCCCGCGUCACCCAUGUGAAGAAGGUUUACGAGAGUGAAAGAGACAAAAAGAAACAAACCGAGAAAGAACAAAUUGAGAAGAAGGUCAGAUUAUCUCAAAUCAUGUCUGGAACUGAUGUCAUGCCACUUCCUGCUUUGGCACAACAAGCUUUGAGAGAAGCUACAUUGUUGUGCCAACCAGUAGAGGCAACCAAGAAGGACAAGACUGAAGCUGAAGAUAAGAAACGGAAAGAAGAAAGGGCAAAGAGAGCAGAGGAGAAGAGACUGCGUAUGCCUUAUGAUGUUCCCCAACCUCGUGAACGUGGCCCAACUGCUCUUUUGGAAGACAUGGAAAUCAAACACUACAAACCUUGCUCCGACAUGAAAUGGUACAAGAAACUCCGCGAUCAAUAUGAGUUCCCUGAACCAAUGGACAAGAUUUCACAGAAGAGACUGAAACGCAUCCGUCUCUCCAGGUGGGAUCAGUUCUACGAAGUCCCUCUGCCAAGAAUCAAGGAAUCUUACAAGCCAAAGUGGCGUCUUCCACAAGUUUCACAGGAUGAUUUGGAGACUGUCAGACCUUCAAGGCAGCGCACUCCGUCUCCUGAAAUAGAAGCAUAUCACAGAAUUAGAAGAAGGUCUCUUGGUGAUCUCUCAGACGAGGAGCUUCUCCUGCCAAUUAAUGAAUAUCUGGCAAUGAAGAGAACUGAGGAGGAGAGACUUCAACUUGAGGAAGAACUUGAACUUGGCUACUCUGCAUCCCCACCAAGCCUUAGCCCUCUGCGCUUUGAAUUAGGUGCACUGCGCCACACAUCACCAAGACGCACGGUCUAUGAAGGAGAGGAAGAGGGUGAAGAGGUUCCAUUAUAUGACAACUAUCGUAUUCCUUCUAAGUAUGAGGCUGGUCCAAGCUAUGUUGACCUUCGCCUGCGCCAUGACAAGGCUACAUUCAGACCGCCAAGACAAAACCAGAGAGUGUUUGAGGAGAGGGAGGAUCGAGAAAUGCUGAGAAAUGUGAAAACAACUCAAAGAAUAACCAGUUACAAGAGUGAACUGAAACGCAUGGAGUUUGAAGAAAAAACUAGAACCGUGAAGAAAGACAGAACUACAACUUCCCAUGUGUCAACAUAUAUAGCAACUAAAACUGAGGGGAGAAGGUCACCCACCCCCGAAAGAACUCGUCCACGUUCCCCUAGUCCUAUUGCUAUUGCCAGAUCAGCCUCCAGAUCCAAGGUGGAGACUGUACAGGUGGCCAAAGUUGACCACCUGGCAAGAUAUGAGUCAAGAAAAGCCGUUCUGCGAUCCGAGAGGACAUCAGUAGAAAGGAAGGAGGUUGUAAGUAUGCAGCCCUUCAGCCUCGACCAUACCCCACGAGUCACUGUGAGGAUGCGUUCCCACCGUGUGCCAUACGGUCAGCACACCAAAUUUACACUGAACGUCCAAUCAAAGCCAACCGCUGAGGUGAAGUGGUACCAUAACGGACAACUGAUAACCGAGAGCAGGAGGUACCGUAUGUCCAACCUGAGUGGAGUUCUGUAUCUUCAAAUUCUUGACUGCACCACAGAGGACAGUGGCACUUACCGUGUCGUCUGCACUAACGCAGUGGGAGAAUGCUCAGACUACGCCACUCUGGAUGUCGCAGGCAUGGGAGAGUAUUCUAGCUAUAUGGCACCUCGCGAAGACGAGGAACCCCCAGCUCUUCCUGUGGCAACCAAGAAAGGUGCUUACCAAAUAUCCUCCUCCAAGACAGUGAAGACAGUUGAAACACACGAAACACACAUGGAGGAGUCCAGCACCUUUAAAGGAAAGAAGACUACUCUACCCGCGUCUAUCCUGACAAAACCACAGUCCAUCACCUUAAAUGAGGGAGAGACUGCCAGAUUUGCAUGUGAUGUUGACGGUGAACCAGUGCCAACUGUAACCUGGAUGCGUGAGGGACAAAUUAUCGGAUCAUCUGUUCGCCACCAUGUCACUACAGAACAGUACAAGUCUACUUUUGAAAUCACCUCUGUUGAGAUGUCAGAUGAAGGCAGCUACUCAAUCGUGGUAGAAAACUCUGAGGGCAGCCAAGAGGCGCACUUCAGUCUAACCAUCCGCCGAUCGGAAGCCAAAGAGGAGGCCUCUUCUACAGUGAAAUACUCAGACGAAGAGCCCACAAUGCAUUCCCCUAGUCCAGUCACGUCUCCACCAAGAAUGAAGUCUCCUGAAUCAAUCAGCUCUCCAAAGAGAGUUAAGUCCCCUACCAGCCCUACACCUAAAUCACCCACUGAGAAAGUCACCCUCAAAACCAAGCCCUCCAUCUCAUCUGGCCUUCAGGACAUGACUGCAUCUGCAGAUUCCAUCGUCAAGCUGACAUUGAAAAUGACUGGAGAUCCUAAAGCUGAGAUCUCAUGGAUGAAGGAUGGAAAGGUAAUUUAGUCACAUUUGAUUUAAUAGUCACACUUGAAUUGACAUUUCAAAGGAAAUAAAUAUAGGUUGAAAUAUAAGCUUUUUACUUUCUUUCAUUUUUUUCAUUUGCAGACUCUCAUUCACGGUGGAAAAUAUGAAAUGUGUGAAGAGCAUGAUUCGGCACACCUUGAAAUCUAUGAAUCUGAGGCCUCUGACAGUGGAGUUUACAAAUGCACAGUCACCAAUAGUGCUGGGUCAUCAUCCACAAGCUGCAUUGUCUCUAUUCAAGGUAUGAUUACUCUAUACUGUAUAUUAAAAAAUAAUGUUUUAUUGUCACACACCGGAUAGGUGCAAUGAAAUGUGUUGUUUUACAGGGUCGGUCAUAGUAGUACAGCGCCCCUGGAGCAAAUUAGGUUUAAGUGCCUGGCUCAAGGGCACAUUGACAGAUUUUUCACCUUGUCAGCUUCGGUAUUCAAAACAGAAACCUUUCGCUUACUGGCCCAAUGCUCUAACCGCUAAGCUACCUGCCAAUGUAGGAAUUAUUUAUCAUAAUUAAGGCCCCGUUCUGGUGAUAGUGUUAUCUUUAUAUUAUGUAUUCGAUCAACUUAUCUCUUGAUAAGUCCAGUAUCUAUAAACCUUAUAAUUCUGCACAUGGCCUAAUAUCUAAUCAAUGUAUCUCUUUUUCUCUGUCUUAGCCUCAAACAAAACCAAAGCACUUGCAACAAAAACAGAAAUUUCAGAGCAAGUUAUGAAAAAGGAAAUUGUCUACGGGGAGGUUGAGUCUUACACAGAAAUCAAGGCAUCCCAUACUCAGAUGGCCAUGACUGAAGGUCAGUCUCUCACCCUGAGAGCCAACAUCCCCAGAGCUUCAGAUAUCAGAUGGCUCCUGAACGGAAUGGAACUGGCCAACUCAGAGGACUACAGAUACGGUGUGUCUGGAAACAACCAUACUAUGACCAUCAAGAAGGUCAGCCAAUACGAGCAGGGGAUCAUCACAUGUGAAGCCAAAACCGAGCAUGGCCUUGUCAAGUGCCAGUUCGACACUACUGUCACUGAAGCACGAUCAGAUGCACCAUCAUUCCUUGUGCAGCCACGCUCUCAGAAUGUCAAUGAAGGACAGAACGUCAAGUUCAUAUGUGAGAUUGCAGGAGAGCCUGCCCCUGAAAUCGAGUGGCUUAAGGACAACAUAAUGGUGAGUAGGCUACAAAGAGUUGUAAAUAAUGUUUGAUUUGAUUUCUGCAAUUAAAUUACAUUUAAUUGUACUCAUCCCAUCAGGAGCAAUCAGAAAAGGCAAGUCAGGUUACAAACAUCACUUGAAUAGGUACUUGAAUAAUACAAAACACAAACUAAUAUGUUAUUAUUUUGUCUCUCUCUCUACAGGUAUCUAUGACCUCAAACAUAAAACUGAGCCGUUCCAAAAAUGUAUACACUCUGGAGAUGAUUGAGGCUACAGUUGCAGACAGCGGCAAAUACACCAUCAAAGCCAAAAACAAACAUGGACAGUGCUCUGCAACAUCAUCUCUCAACAUCAUCAGUAAGUUAUCAUUGCUUCAUCAACCAUUGUUUAAUUAAAAGCUUACAGUACAUUGUGAUAAUGCAAAGCUUUCCCAAGUUCUUUGAAAAAUGAAACUUGAGUCGCUACAUUUUACUAAUAGCCUAAAUUAUAGACUAACCUUUCAUUUUCCUUACCAGUAUUUUCCAUAGAAUGUUAACAAAAUGGACACGCCAUUUUGUUUAUAUUCAUAUAGAAAUAUACACAGAUGGACUUCAGCAUCUCCAUCGAGAAAUCCCCAUUUAGCCAUGCACCUCAUAAUUUGCGUUAUUCUCACAGCUCUUGUUGAAGAACCUGCCAAAAUGGUUAUAUUGGAGCAAAGUGCUGCUGCUGCCAGCUUGCACAGUGACAGUUUCUCAGCCACAUCAGUCCAUAUGGCUGGAGCAUCAAUGGCUAAAGCAUCAAUGACGCAGGAAGGCUCUUAUCAACGCCAAUUUGAAAGCAUGUCUGCUGCUAGCAUGUCCGCCAUGACAUCUGAAUCAAUGGUGUCCAUGAGCUCCAGCAGUAUGAUGAAAAUGUCAAGUGAAAUGAUGUCAAGUCAUGCUAUUUCAAUGUCAACUCAUGGAUCCUUAAUGACCGCUCUUACUCAUGGUGGCGGUAAAGGUGAGAUGAAUUAACCUUACCUAUAAAUCUAUUAGUAGUAUAGUCUGAGUGACUACCGUAUGUUGUUCCUCUGCUCUCAAUAAGAAGUUGACAUGUUCAUUAAUUCCUUUUUUUUUCUUCUCAUUGCCCUGUAGCUCCCAAAAUAGAAUCUCUCCCAGAGGAUAUCAGCAUUGAGUCAGGAAAGCCUUUGAGCGUGUCCUGUGCUUUCUCUGGAGACCCAACACCUGAGAUUGAGUGGGCCCGCUCAGGGAAACAGUGUGAUGAAGACAGUGACCGGUUCCACAUCGAAACCACGGAGGACCUCACCACCCUUGUAAUCCCCUGUGUGAAGGAAGACGAUGCCGGAGCGUACACCCUCAAACUGUCCAACGAGCUUGGAUCUGCCAUGGCAACUGUCAACAUUCAUGUUCGAUCCAUGUAA